AGUCGGAAGAUCGAGGUUCAGGAUUUGAUCACGCGAUCAUCGAGUAAAAUUUUUAAUUUAGCUGAAAAGAACAAGGAAACUUUUAUUUUACUCAAGGUAAGAGAAACAACUCGUGGAGUAGUUUCCUGCUGAUAGAGUCACCUUUUUUUUACGGGAAACGAUCCAAGAGUUCUGAAUGCUAGUAGACAUCAGUAGGGUCUAACAGGUUUUGAUUACAGUCAGUUUAACGUCUGCAGAGUGUGGGAGAGUAUGGCAGAACUCGACGAGAUCACAAUCUAAUGGCUUUUUGGGAAAAAUCAUAUCAUCUCCUUAUGAGCUCUUUCGUUUUUAGUAAGUUAUAUUAUUGCUCAACUGUUUGGUCAAAUACUAGUAAACAUAACAUCAACAAACUUGUGCAGAAUUUUGCCGCCCGGCCGUGUUGUUCUUGGCUUCAAAAAGUUUGAUCACAUCUCACAAGCAAUCAAAUCGCUAAAUUGGCUGCCUGUUAAUGACAGAAUUUACUUGAACGAUGCAGUGAUGAUGUACAAAUGUAUUAAUAAACUUGUUCAUAACUACCUAUUCGAGAAAUUCACUCUGCGUGACCAACUGAACAUUCCAAGGUUCCGCCCAACCACCGGUCAGCGGUCCUUCACCUACCGCAGUGCUAAGCUCCAUGUUAAAUCUUCAGAUUCUGUCAAAGUUUUUAGGAAAAAAUUGUCAACCUACUUUUCUCUGAUCAAUCUAUGAAUUUGUAAGUAUUUUAGUGAGUGAAAACUAACAAACACAAUUUUUUGCCAGGGGCAUCAGUAGUCUCUAACAGUGAAAGUAUAGCCUGCGAGUAGCGUUUCCUCAUGAGGUCUGUCUAGAAAGGGGCAAGUAAGCGCUUCUCCUUGAGGUUAAAUCUAAAAGCUGGGACAAAAGAAAAAAAAAUUAAUGGGACCAGGAGGGGAGGGGUUCAAUCUUUUUUUUUUGCUUCGCUCUAACUUCGGCAUAAUAACUCGAUUGAAAAGCGCUACGCAUGAGCUGGUGAAAGUAUUGAAAUGUAGCAUUUUGACUAUGUACAGCUAUAUCAUUCUUACAACAAAAAGAAACAUAAUGACUAUCUUGAAAUCACUAAGUUCUUUAGACAUUCUUAUCACUCAUGAUGUGAAUAUACAUGUAAAGAAAGAAAUAAUUCAGUGGCACGUAACAAAAUUCAUUCUGUCUUUGCCUUAUCGGUCUGAAGUUAGUUCCCGGGGGGUACUCCCAUACAUUACCUAUACAGGUAUGUGCCGCCCAAUGGGGUCGUGAUUUUGAAGCUCUGAUUUAGAACGGGGUAUCCAUUUCAGAGGUGUUUUCUAGAACAGGGUAUAAUAUUUUGAACGCACGAAAGCUCCAGUUUUGUAAGCAGCCAUUUGAAAUUAUUCAAGGACAGAUUGCUUUUAAAAAUAUGGUUCAAUGAGUUAACAAGCAAACUGUUGUAUUCUUGUUGCACCCUAUGUUUUAAAAUUGUUGCUGAUUAUGAAGAAACAUUUAUUUGAUGUAUAAUUCGAACAAAUAAAAGAAAUAUCUUUUAAAAAAACAGGGCUAUUUCAGUUUUACAAAACUUUCUAGAACGGAGUAUAAAAUUGGCCCAUUCUAGAACAAUUAUUAAGUUUUAGGCGAAUUCUAGAACGGGUAUCAAGAAAUUGGCCCAUUUCUAGAACGGGGUAUCAAUUUUAGGUAAUUUGUUUUAGAACGGGGUGCCAAUUUGAGUCCCGGGGCACAUACCCACCCAAAAAUACCCAAGUGCCCCCCCCCACCCGGGAGUUAGUUAUAAGCAGAGGCUUUUGAAAAUUGGGCUACUACCAUUAUGUUAUUGGUACGAAUUUUAGAUUUGGUGUACCUAUUCAAAUGUUUAAAUAGUUAGUCUAUCAGACCAUUUUAUUUCAGUCAUGAAUUCCACUAGACCCAGGUGUAGUGUCUCCUCCAAGGGUACGCUAUUAAAUAGGAUUAGGGCCAACAGUACACCGUCACCUUUAAGAACAGUUUUUACUGUAGAGCCCCAAGAAUCUGGAAUACUUUACCAGCCCACCUCCGGAACACUGACUGUUCAGUCACGCACUUUAAGAAAGGUCUUUUUUUAUUACUACUUGUCUCUCACUAAGUCUGUUAAUGAUGUUGACACCCCCCAGACCUUUAAGAGUGUGUGUAUUAAGUGCCACACUAGUUGGCCAUUGAAUAGCUUGCUCGAUCAUAUGUGUUGUUGAUUUUUUUAUCAGUCUCCUCCCCAAUUCUGUUUUUGCAUUUCCAUUUCUUUUUUUGUCCUUUCUAAAGUAUUAUCAUUCUUGUUAGUUUUAUUACUAAUUUUCUUUUUUUUUCUGGAACUCGUAGUGGAGCUUGCUCUGUGAGUGAUCCAGGCCUCUUGGCGAAGUUUAUAAAUAAAUAAAUAAAUAAAAGUUUUACCAUUUAUAUUUACAUGUAUAAAUGAUUGUCAUUGACUUCUAAGUGUGUGUCUCUACGGAAUCAUCACUAUCAACUGGUUUAGAGUUUAUCCUUUACUGGAAUACCAGGCUGAGAAAACCAACAGGUCCAUUAUGCAACAGAGAUGCCAAAUUUGCGUCGUUGCUAUGAUGUGGAAAUAAAAGGUAAGCAAAAUGAUAAUUGGGCUACACAUUUUUUUUUUGCAGGAUGCAGCUAGUGUAUAAUAUUAUAAAUUAAUUAUUUUUGUUCUUGUUGAGAGGUGUUAGCUGGUAUAAAUUGAGUAGAAAUGUCUUUUUAACUAACUGUUAAUUUUUUGAAAUUAAAGUUAAGUGGCACAGAAUUGAGUGGCUAUAUACAUACCAGUCUUGUGACCCUAAUUCGAGCUAGUAUAGACCAUGAAGGUUUUUUUGUCAGUUAUGAUCUAAGUGUUUAGCAUGUGGGCAAAGUGAGACAAGUCCCAACCAGGGAAUUCCCAACCAAGUUCCCUGAUUGGGACUUGUCUCACUCUUCCAAAUUUGGGAUUUUUGUGGGUAUUCUUUAAAUACCCUAAAAUAUCCAAAAAUGGGAAUCUGUUAUUUUUUCCUGUGGUCAAGGAUCACUGAUGCUAUUAAAAAGUGCAUAAUAUUUGUUGUCUUUCCAAGGAAAAUGGUCAAUCGAAGUUCAAAGACCUUCAACUUUUUUUAAACCUGGAGAUUCCAAAUGAACCCUUUAUAUAUAUAUAUAUAUACACAGUAGCUUUUUGCUGCCAUUAAGCUUUUGUGGUUUGGCUAGGUCCUAUUGACUCAGUUAAAGGAAUAUGUUAGCAUGAUGUUAGGGUUCCGCCAUUCUGAUGCACUUGAUACUGAAAGAUUAAACAAACUGGGUACUGAAGAUUGUAUUGUGUAUUCUUCGUUCUUUGCUUUCAUUUUGACUUCACAGGUGGCAAAGGUGUAGGAAAGUCCAGUUUAGUUCGAAGAUUUCUUGUAGGAGCAUCUCCUGAUCGUGAAUUGUUUAAUCAAAGUGAGACUCCUUUUUUCUACUUUUUCUGAGCUAUUAGAUAAUCAUGAAGUGUUUCUGUGUUAACAUAAUUUUGCUGUUUCACUCAUACUAUUUAUUCCUUCUAUCUUUAGCUAUUUGGAGAAAGGCAUCAUCAUUUCCAUGUGUGCACAGCGACACGCCCAACAACUGCUGUAAUUAUGGACUCCAAGUCAUUGUAAGGGAUUGUGAUCCUAAAACAGUCAAAACCCGUAACAUUGAAGCUCAUCGGGCAGUUGUUGUCGUAUAUGAUAUAACAGACCCAAGUUCGUUUGAUGAGGCAAAGGAUCAAGUGCAAAAGUUAUCGCAGAAGAGGUCUAGGAGUCUUGUUGUGGGUCUUGUGGGAAGUAAAGCAGAUCUUUUGAUGCACAGAAAGAUAAAAUAUGAGGUAUCAAGCUAUUAUAAUUAUAUUCAUGUUUAACUUCCAUGUAAUGUAUCGGUCAAAUCGAAGCUUCAACAUGCCCCUCCCGGGCGUUUGACUUUUUUGAAAAUUUUUGUUCCAAUUCCCCCCUACCCGGGCCAAAAUGCCGUUCAAAUGCCCCACACUAGGGUCCAUUCAGGUGAUCAAAUGCCCCCACCCCGGGGACAUUUCACAGGCACAAAAAUGACAGAAGGACGGCGGAAACGCCUUCAGUUGUCGAACAAAAUCUUUAUAAAUAUAACAAAAACUGAGAAACACGGUUAGCGUAUUUACUACGAACAAAAGUCUCGUGCAAAGCGGCGGAAAUCGCUGCUACAAGGUCACUGAAUGCUCAGCUUUUCUUCGUCAUGCAACAUACAAAGCGUUGUAUAAAAAAAGAUCCCACCUAUUGAGAUUAAUACAUCAUGACCACUUCACUGACAUGCAUCAUCGCUCAUCUUAUUAAUUAACAUACUUACAUUAGGUCAAAGAAGUUGACCUGAGCUUUUUAUUUUAUUUUAUUUUAUGUUGUUGUAUUGAAUCGCCGGUAUAGGUGUUGUAUUUCAUUGUAAACUCAACAAUAAAGUACAUUCAUACAUUCAAAGCCUGAAUCCAAGAUUCAAAAUUUUAAAAUUUAAAUACUUCAAAUACGGCACAAAGCUUGUUUAAGCCCUUUCCUCGUAAAUAAUUGGCUACAAAGGCACAAUCUUUUCAACGAAAAUCCUCUAACACCGCGUCCCCCAUGAUGGGUCGCCACGCCAAAGAUUUUACAUGAAAUCGAGGGUGCAGUUCAAAUUCCCCACCCCUAAAGCAUGGGUAUCAAAUUCCCCACCCCCUGGAAGACUCUGAUAAUCAAAUUCCCUCCUCCCCGGGACGGCAAAGGUGUCAAAUGCCCGGGGGGGGGGGGGCAUGUUGAAGCAUCGAUUUGACCGAUACAUAACUGAUUACACUUCUCUGCCGAGUGUUUAUAGACCUGAAAAACUGCAUUUUUUUCCUUCUUUGGUUGAGUUUAGAAGAUAGCGUAGUGUUUUUUUUCUUGAAGUCCUUUUGAAUGGCGCGUUGGUCGGGCGAAGAUUCUUGCAGCUUUAAAACUUUGUUGUGGAUAUUAAGGCCUUGUUUUCAAGGACAGAGGGUAACCCUGGUGCUAGGGUUAUGUAUCGGUCAAAUCAAUGCUUCAACAUGCCCCCCCCCGGGCAUACCCCGGGCAUUUGACACCUUUGCCGUCCCGGGGAGGAGGGAAUUUGAUUAUCAGAGUCUUCCAGGGGGUGGGGAAUUUGAACUGCACCCUCGAUUUCAUGUAAAAUCUUUGGCGUGGCGACCUAUCAUGGGGGACGCGGUGUUAGAGGAUUUUCGUUGAAAAGAUUGUGCCUUUGUAGCCAAUUAUUUACGAGGAAAGGGCUUAAACAAGCUUUGUGCCGUAUUUGAAGUAUUUAAAUUUUAAAAUUUUGAAUCUUGGAUUCAGGCUUUGAAUGUAUGAAUGUACUUUAUUGUUGAGUUUACAAUGAAAUACAACACCUAUACCGGCGAUUCAAUACAACAACAUAAAAUAAAAUAAAAUAAAAAGCUCAGGUCAACUUCUUUGACCUAAUGUAAGUAUGUUAAUUAAUAAGAUGAGCGAUGAUGCAUGUCAGUGAAGUGGUCAUGAUGUAUUAAUCUCAAUAGGUGGGAUCUUUUUUUAUACAACGCUUUGUAUGUUGCAUGACGAAGAAAAGCUGAGCAUUCAGUGACCUUGUAGCAGCGAUUUCCGCCGCUUUGCACGAGACUUUUGUUCGUAGUAAAUACGCUAACCGUGUUUCUCAGUUUUUGUUAUAUUUAUAAAGAUUUUGUUCGACAAGUGAAGGCGUUUCCGCCGUCCUUCUGUCAUUUUUGUGCCUGUGAAAUGUCCCCGGGGUUGGGGCAUUUGAUCACCUGAAUGGACCCUAGUGUGGGGCAUUUGAACGGCAUUUUGGCCCUGGUAGGGGGGAAUUGGAACAAAAAUUUUCAAAAAAGUCAAAUGCCCGGGGGGUUGCCCGGGGGGGCAUGUUGAAGCUUCGAUUUGACCGAUACAUUACCCUAGCAAGAGGGUUACCCAAGAACUCGCACAUUUCUACUUCUUUUACACGACGUGCUUAAAAGGCAGCUACGGUACCCUACCUGAGGGCUAGGGUUACCCUACCUACCUUGUAAACUCUCUGCUAGGGAUUGCUGACCUAACCGCGACAACUUUUCUCCGUCUUGCGUGACCAGUUAUCUUGAAAAUUUUAACGGAGUUAUCCAAUUUUUCGAGUUAAAUUUCAAACAUUUGAACAAUAUAGCGAAUUUUCUGUAUAGCGUGAUUGUAUUUUUCCGUUUUUUCUUGAAUUUAACUUGUUUUUCAUGGAUAUCUUCAAGAUUUUAUACAAAUAUUGGACGUUACAAAGGAUGUGUAUUUUAGUCACGCAUGACGAAACACGUCAGUCAAGUUUGUAAAGUUGACCCAGGAGAUAGGGUAACCCUACCUGGGAAAUUUUGCUUGUUAAUCCGGGCUAUCUUUAACCCGCUUGCUGGGUAAUCCUAACACCAGGCCCCAAGUCUCAGUUGGUGAGCGAAAUUAUUUGAAAUAUGGCCUAUUCUUACGAAAGAUUACUUCGUCAUUUAAAGGCAAAAGGUGUUUUUGUUUUGCAAACAGCCUGGAGGGUCAAUAAUGUUAGGAUUUCGGAGUUGUGUGCCUUGUAUUUAUUCUCUCUUUGCUGGUUAAACGCCAUUUUAGAAGCGCACAUACAACAGAAUAUGAAAACAAGUUUCUGUCUCUGAACUUUUUUUACUUUGUUUUGAACUGUUCAAAAGGCGUUUAAAAACGCAUUCAGAAACGCCUUGCACAAACACUGAUAAAGCACAAUCCCGCGAUAACAAAAACGUAGCAUCUUACACCUGUCUUAUAUCCCUUCACGGCCACGAAGCUAAUAGCCAUAAUGAUCUACAUGUGCAUCCUGUUCGGCCAACAAAGAAAAUAUAAGCUACCGCUAUAUAAGCUAUAGCUACUAAACAAGCUACCGGCUGCAAAGAAAUUUUCUAGGAACCAUGCAGCCAUCUGAGUCACAGGAGUUGACGAGGCCCUCUCACUGUUCUCUGCCAAUUCGCCAGCCUCGCGUCUUCACUCGGCUGGCUGGUUGGCAGUUUUUUCUUCAGGGGUAAUACCUCCCAAGUUUGAGCAUGAACUAUGUCACUAUUUCUCUGUCUACCGUGUGGCACGAAAUUUUUGCAGGAGUUUGUUUUUGCGGAUUGGCGAUUUUUUUGUGUUUUGCGGAAUUUUUUGCCUUUAGGACAGAUUGGUUUUUCUUGCUGCGAAUAAAUUUUUGCGGUUUUCAGAAAGCCCCGGACAAAUCAUUAAUACUCAUUUUAUCGAGCACGUGCAAUAGAAAUACAUAGAAAAUAGAACUCGCAAAAAUUUUGUGCUACACAGUAUUUUUGUCGUUUCCUCUUAUCUCGCCGCCACUCAGCCUAUUUUGCUCGAGGCAUAUUUCCAAAUUUCGCUCGGCAUCAAGUUUUCUAGUACCAAACUUUUCUUUCCCCGGAUUGCUUUCAAAGAAUUGGAGAAAAAAAUAAUCAAAGUGCGACCUCGGUGCUUCUGUUUGGCAAUAAUACCUGUCUUUUUUGUUGUUGUUUUUCUGAAGGAUGGUCAACUUUUUGCCAAGGAGUAUUCUAUCCUGUUCAUGGAAGUGUCAGUUUUCACAGGCAUGAACGUGGAUAAUUUGUUCUCCAAAAUAGGUACGUUUACCUUGAAUGUGCUAAUAAAUAUAUGCGUUAUUGACCAAGCGUGAGGUCAGGAUGGAUUGAUAUUGGCCAAGUUCUCUUUUUGCGUUUUUAUUGACGGAGAAGAAGUCGAGGUCAAUAACAACGCAAGAAAGAACGAGGCCGUUAUUCAGCCAUCUUGACCGAAUAAGCUUGGCCAACGGAGGAUUUAUUAUAUGGCAAAAACAGAAAACUUUUACUUGCGGGACCAACGCGGGAAUUCCGGAGCGGGCAAGAUGCGCCCAUCUUGCCCGUUAGGGUAGCCAAUUAGAAUGCAGGAUUUGCCUCAUCUUGCCCGCUCGCGGAUUCAGCUGUGACUUACUUGUUACUUGCGGAACCCAAAAUCAUACUUGCACGCGUUUUGGACAUCAGGCCUUUUCUGUUUGCGCCUUACGGCUGUGGAUUGCCUUUGCCAGUCGAAUUGAAAUCCAGCUCCACUGAUAAAAGUCACAAGAAACGACUCAAAACAUUUUUUUGAAAAAAGACUUCCUAUUAUUUUACUACGUUUUAUGGUGCGUGUUUUUUUAUAGAGAGAGAGCAGUAAUUGCAACAUUUGCCCUAAAAGCACCAAGUGCUCACCAAGAGAGCUUAUGCUGGCUCACAUUUAUUUUACAAAAGAUUCUUUAUACGUCACGUUCGAACAAUACAAUGAGUAAAUUACUUAGAUAGAAGUACUGGCACAACAAAAAAAAAGCACCCACACAAAGUAUCAAGAAGCAAUUAAAUGUCUUAGACCGAAUAACAAGAGAAAAUAAAAGGAAGACCUUAGCCAACUCGUGUUUCUGCCUCGCUGUGCGAUCCACGCGCGAUGCGAAUUCCGACAAAAUUAUAAACCUCACAUACGUAAGGAAUAACACUCGAUAACUGUCCCCAAGAAAAAUAGUUGCGGAUAUCUACAUCUGCAUGUAUAAAUUUAUGAAAGUGAAAACCUCAGGGAACGUUUGAGGUAAUAAUUUUUACAAUGUUGCCUGCUCAGGAACUUUUGACAGGAAAUUUACGGUUAAAGUAAACAGGGAAAAGAAAAUAUAUGAAAAACAAGCAAACAAACAAAAAACAGCUGAUACGUCGAGUGCUGGAAUGUUAUCUGUAAAUGCUGUUCACAGGAGCCCUACCCCUCACCAAGGAAGCCAAAAGCAAACGGCUUCAAAACCAAAAAUGGAAAGAAAAUAGUGUUUCAGGUCUGGCUUAUCACAGCAUUUGGCAGACAGGUGCAGUCAUGUUGAAUCUCCAUGUACAGUAUGUGGUCGUUGGUCCGGACGAAAAAGACGUAAAUGAGUAUUUGUUACCUAAGAAGAAGAAUAGUGAGCUAAAAUUUGCUCCUGUAAGUUGCUGUAACAUUCUACUAACUUGUGACAAACCGACAGCUUCUGACCUUUUCCGAAAAUCCUGCAUCAAAGAAAAUGGCUGCUCAUCCGUUUCAAGGCCUUUGGUCCGGCCAGAGGUUCUUUGGGGGCCACUUUGUAAGCGCACGCAAUUUUCGCGCAAAAAGAAACGUUGCAAGUACCAUCUGAUCUGAAUUCCUGUAUAUUUUUCAUAGGUGUCAUAUAAACGUUAAAAACUGAAAUGAAGUUUCUGUGUAAAGAGCUCUAGUUUCGUUCCCUGAAGAAAUUAAAUCGCACUUAAUUUCAAGAGUCAAGAGAACUGCUUUUGAAUGAGAAAAGAAUGUAUUACUUUAUUUUGACCUUUUUUAAAAUACUAACUUUUAAUUUGUCAUCAAUUUCAAAACGCUCCCCUCCUGCAUUGUUUGUACAGCAGAUUGAAUUCUACUGAUGACCUCUUUUUGUCUGCCAUCUUUUACAACUACAGAAUACAUACAAGGAAUUACAGUUCCUCGACUAACUGACUGUAGUACUAACGUUCUCGUUGCCGCCGCCGUCGUCGUUGCUAGAGCUCUCCAAUGAAACCAAUCGGACGGAUAUAAGCUUACUUUUGACGGCCUUUAAUAUCAUUGCUUAAUAAGUAAGGUGCAGUGCUACCCGCAAAGUCUCGAGCAAUAUCACUUUAAAAUAUUUUUUCUGAACGCUGCAUGCGGUUACUAAAUUAUUAUUUACCAGUUAAAAUUUGGCUCAAAGUUGAGAGACUGAACUCAUCCUUAGCCAAAGUUCAAUUCGUGAAUUUUAAUUUACUUAUAACUAAACGAAGAGAAAACUGAACUUUGUGAGGCUCUCAUUUUUCAGUCACUUGACUAUUUUACUUGUUUAUGUUAUCGUGCGGUAAAGAAAUCCUGCCGUCAGGUGGUCGGACCAAAGACCUAGUACGUAAAAUUUACUGUCGACCGACCGAUUUCUUUCUUUCUUCUUUUUUUUGCAAGUCGAAAGAACAUUUCUUGUACGCCAUGUACACCAACAAAUAGCUUUCUUAGCGCGCAUUAUCGCAUAUGCAUGUCAAAAUGUAUCCACGUAAUUUAAGGCACCAUAAAAAAGUAAACGUCGCCAGAACAAAAUUCACCUACCUUUGCGCGAACUUCGCUAGCAUCAGGAAAACCUCAAAUCGAGGUUAAGAAGGCAAACAGAUCAAUUAAUACUCGUAAAGAUUCGUUUUUAAUGAAACCUCGUUUUCUUCCCGAAAAUUACAUCACGGAGUAAAACCGGCCGGACCAAGGACCACACACUGUAGUUAUUGCGGGAUGCCAGGGCAUCUAGCUAAAGAUGGUGGCAACAGCACCCACCAAGUUACAGCCUCUCCAACACCGGAAACCGUUUCUAAGGGGGAGAACGUGGAUACAGACUGCCCUUGUACGGUUUAUAUGAAAAUUGUGCAAUCUUCUGGUAAUGUUUUAAAUACACCCCCUCAUUCAAGCUUACAUAUACAAUUCAAGACACCGAGGGGUCCAUAGAGGUGGACACUGGUUGUUCGGUAACAGUGUUAAAUUCUAACGAUGCUAGGAGGACAAGGAAAGACACUUCAAACCUCCUACAGUGAUUUUGAAAAGCUAUAACAGUAACACCAUCCACUGUUUGGGUGAAAAGGAGAUAGACGUGAAGGUUGGAAGGCAGAUGGGUACCCUGUUAAUAAGUGUCGUUCAUGGAUCAUCACUUAUGUGACGAGACAUGAUGUCCAAGGUUACAUUCCCUUGGUAAAACCUUUUUUGUACAGUCUCCAUUGCAGCUGAGGAUAUUGCCGGCCAAUACCCUAAGUUGUUUGAGACUAGGUCAGUUGGAAAACCUAAAGAGAUCCAAGUUUCAUUGCGAGUAAGCAAUGAAAAUCCUGUAUUCACCAAACCGCAAGUAGCACUAUUUGCAAUUCGUUUUAAGUAUGAAGAUACUCUGAAGAAACUUGUAAGAGAGGAUAUCGUUGAGAAAGUAGAGCAUUCAGAGUGGGCAUCACCAACAGUUCCUAUUGUUAAAGUUAAUGCAUGGGGACCUGAGGAUUUGCGGAGACUACUCUGUCACCAUCAACAAGUUUUUGGUGCGAGAAAAAUACCCUGUUCUAAUCGUAAAUCGUAUGUGAAGGACUGCCUGGAAACAAUUUCGACAGUAUGUCGAAACCAUAAAGAACAAUCUAGCAAAAUUCAAAGAAGACUUGAAAUUUUUCGAACAAAAACUCGAAAGCACUACAGAGUCGCUUAACCGGUCAGUAUAAAAUAUGGACUGCGGACUGCGGACCACGGACUGGGGACUGGGUAUAAAAUACGGACUAGGUAUAAAAUGUGGACUCCGGACUGAGUAUAAAACACGGACUAGGUAUAAAACGCGGACUACGGACUAUGUAUAUAAAAACAGCUUUAGAAAGGUAAAACUGAGAGAAAUGGAAAGCGGACUAGCAAAAACAGUAGUCCCAGCUUUAACAUUCCCUUGGCUGUUCUCAUAGUCUAUUCUUCCUACUGAGAAGGAAGGUUAUGCCGGUACUCAAGGCAACUGAAAUUAAACUCUGAAUUUUAUAAAAAGAGGGAGUUAGAAGAGAUUUCAAUUUGCAGUUUUAAACCAAUAAGAAGUACCGAAUUAAAAAAAAUAGUAUUGAUGUUAGUGAGAUCAGUAAAAUUCUUAUCGGAUGCCACAAUUCUGUUUCAUGUUCUUUCUUCUCUGAUCACGUACUCAAUUCUCAAGACCACUAUGUUUUCUAAAGCAUCGAUAUUAUAAGGAGAAAUUUCAGGCUGAUCUAUCGUUACGUCGUGGAUAUUUACGGCGUGGUGUCGACUUUCGCUCACGGGGCCUCUCGAAAAAGUCAAAAAUGUGCUCAAAGUGUUUUGAAUAGAAAUGAACGCCAUACUCUCCUGCUCCCAGGACCCUUAAGCUUAUAUAUGAAUGUUAAAUAAUAAGUAAAUCUUUUUUCUCCUUGGAUUGUAAAUAUUUAUAAAUAUCAAAGAACGUUUAAAGAACACUCAUUCAGAUACAGUAAAUGAAGCGUUUUAUUUUACUAAACCGAUACUAGGAUAAACUGGACAUCGGCUAUAAAAUACAAGGAGUGUCCACUGACAAAAUAAACGGUGAAGAAAGCGGGGGGAGGGUUAUUAUCAAUAACAUAUAUCGGAUAAGACACCUACGUUCCUUCUUCUAAUGCUUGUGAAUGAUUGACCACUAAAACAAAUUGCAGAAAGUCGCAAUUGUAUUGCUUUCAGUUCUAUGAGUCCACCAAAAAAAUCAUCGAUCAUUUGCGUUGUACAGUAUAAUAUGGAAUAUUUAACUAAGCAUUCUGCGAAAAAAAAAAACUUGAAACAAAUGAUGACAAUACACUCAUAUGGGCAAAGGUAACUGAGUCCAACGAAUUUUUCCAGUAUAAAGAAAAAAAGUGACCUGUACUCUGAGCCUUGGAAUGUGUCUUUCAAAACUAUGUGUGUUCGAAACAAUAGGGCCGUUUAUACGAGAGAUAAUAAGCCGCGGCUUACAUAAGACGCGAACACCCCGUACAAAUGGUACAAAAUCUAUGUUCACGGCUUAUUCAACCCACGGCUAGCUCAAGCCGCGGCUUAUCCUGGCCGAGGAGUUUUGGGCUGGGCUUAUCCAAGCCGCGGCUUAACUUAGACGUGAAAGUGUUCGUAUAAAUGCACUCAUACGUUUUCCGCGGAUUGCUGAAGCUGUGAACGAUUACUGCACAUGCUCGCAGAUGCUCUGUUUUCAGUAAUAUACCAGACCUUCGUGGCCGAGAGACGCGCUCUGCAUUGGCGGGAAAAUGACCUGCUUCACAAGUGAGCCGGAAAUUUCGUCCAUUUUCUCCACCUCAUUCAUCGCCGGAACAUCACUUUUAAUCCACUCAACUGACUGAUCGCUGACGAACUUUUCGAUGAGCUUUCCGCACAAGUUUCUCAACAGCCUAACUCUAAACUUGAACGAAAUGUUAAUUUGAAAAGAAAACGACAGUGUAAAAUAUGGCGAUUUUCCUGACCAAAGGCAGUCGUUUCGCUUAUUUGCUCGUUUGCUCGCACCGAAAGAAACUACGUCAUCAUUGGACUGGUCUGGCCGCGGACUAAGCAGUGAACCAUUUAUACCAGCAGUUCGCGUCUUAUGUAAGCCGAACUCGUAUAAAUGGUUCCUUUCGCCUCUUAUGUAAGCCGCGGCUUAUUUUCUCUCGUAUAAACGGCCCUAAUGUGACUAUCUUUAGGAUCUUGCAAAUAUUUUUAGAUUGCGAGAAGUCCCCAUUGUUCCUCAGGGAUAUUAGAGUUCACGCGCGCACGCGUUUCGCUCCCGGCUCUGCUAUCCCUGAAGAAAAAUGGGGACUACUCGUAGUCAAAAAGAGUUUAUACCACUAAAUUUUGGCUAACUGUAUAUAUUUGAUUAAAGGGAAUCUUUCCUUGAAGAAGUUUUGCCAAGUUUGCCAAGUAUAUCAGUAUACGAUAGCGCAAACUUUUGUAAAUAAUUUGCACUUGUAGUUAAUAGUUUAAUAAGAUUUCAACGAUUUGGUUUUGUUUAGCUCCAGCUGUUUUCUUCCUUUUUCUCUUACGAAAAAACAAAUAUUUCCAGUAAAAGUAAAUAUUACAUAAAGGUCUUUUUAACGAAAUAAAUCAACUCUUGGUCUCAGUUAAGCGUAAUGUGUAAUUGUAAGUGGGGAAGCGGGGGGGGGGGGUGAUCUUUGGAGUUACAUACAGGUUGGAUAUAUAAGUGUGCGUGUGCAAGUUUCUCUUCUCAGUCGAUUCAUCUUGGUGGAGUACUCGAGGAUUUUAAUAAAUCCAUACCUAAAAUACAUAACUUGUCUUGUAUCACUCUUUGGUUAGUUUUACUUGUUUGUUGGUUGGGUGUUUUAUUUUGCGUAAAGUUACAAGAGAUUGUGAUAAUUUUCAAUAUUGCCAGAAGGGGGAGAUCUUUCAUUAAGCAAAAAUAGAUUAUUAUAAUUGGAUCUUUGUUGGCAAUAUUUGAAUUUCGAAUAAACAUUUAUUUUAAUGAAAUUAAAGCUAUUAAUCGAAAAACAAGCUAUUAAUCGAAAACCAGCGGUUGCGUUCUUUUAGUAAUAAAUAUGGGACAGAGGUGGAAAUACAAAUUUUCUUAUGUCAGGCAUGAAAACGUUUGACCAAUAUUAACUCUUUGCAUGACUCGUAACGCUGAUAACCGAUUUUUAUAGUUAGUCCAUUUAAUUUUGACGUGUAAAAUCUAGGCGUUGAAAUUAACAUAUUAAUAUUAGUUAUUUUAAAACUUAUGAAGACUUUGAAGUCAAUUAAGUAAUCUAUUAAGAAUUGAAGAUUACUUACUAAACAUUGUAAAUGGUAAUCUAUUAAGACUUUGAAGUUAACUUAUUAAACAUUGUAAAUGGUAAUCUAUUAAGACUUUGAAGUUAACUUAUUAAACAUUGUAAAUGGUAAUCUAUUAAGACUUUGAAGUUAACUUAUUAAACAUUGAAAACAGUUUUAAAGUGCCUUCCCAUCACCAAACUAGGCCCGCCAACCUCAAACAUGUUGGUAAUAUCGAUAGCGUCGUCUUCAAGACUCUUCUGCUCAAACGUAACAAGACUCUGGGAAAGAAUUUCAUCGAGUCCAUCGUCUAAAACUACCUAUUCUUUUUCGCAUUAAUCUACCGCCUGCGACAGCAAAUCAUCUAAACCAUCGCUCAUCAUCUCUGAUGAACGUUUUUCAAAAUAACUGGACGUAUUGCAGUAAAGGCAACGUCAACUAAAGCGUUAUGGAACUCAGCUGCUGAACUGACAGAAGAGCCUAGAAACACCAAAACCCUUGAGAAAAGGCAGAUAUGUUUAUAUUGUACUAGGGCUGCAAAUCCCGACGGGAUUUUAUAAAGUAUUCCUGGACUCUUUAAUUAGCAAAUCAUUCAAGCUAUUCUUGGCUUUCCUUGUUCUAAAUAAUAAUGACCUCGCGCUGCGCGCUCGGUCAUUAUUUUUAAGAAGGCCGAGGAGCGAGGGCAUUAUCCUAUAUAUAUUUCUGUCUGGUGUAAGCAGACCAGUGAAUUCGCCUUUUGGCGAGUCUACUUUUCACUGUUUCUGAGCCCGUUUUGGCAAUGAAGAAAUGAUCCUGGCUAGAAAUAUUGACUACAGAAGUAUUUCACAGAAAACAUUGAAGCAAUUUUUGGGCCAGCAACUUCAAAAGACGAAAGUCGAGAUAAAAGAGCAAUUGUCAUUGCGUCUCAGUUCGCAUACGAGUUUGUUUAUGUUUCUCCAAAGUACCUUUUAGUUUGGCUUUUUACCGUCGAAACCUUGUCGUUUGUCUCUGAAAUCUAAUUUGGAAUUCAUUUUACACUGUGGAAAAACCAUAAUUUAUUUUGGCCGGGCGGCUCCUGCUUUGGCGUUUUCCCCGCCAAUGGAUCAAAGUUUCAGUGGCCCGAAGUAUAAUACUUUUCACGCGAACUGCACUGCCUUGUUUGUAUUUUUUUCUAAAUCCGCCAGCCGAAACAAUGCUAAAUAUGAUUUUCAAUACACAAUCACAAAUAAAACCGGACAACACGGAAAGAGGAAGAAGAAAAAACAAAGAACCAAGUAGGGACCUUCACGACGAUCUUCGCGGCGGGUUACCCAUCCAGUUACUAACAAUAGAACAUAGGCUAAACAAGUUGUUGCCUGCCAUCAACUGAGAGAUAAUCCGUAUUCCUCGAGGAAUUAUAGGUGCUCUGCAAUCGCUUUAAAUAUACAUUCAUUAUGCCCUCCUGUUUGAAGAACAACGUUUUAUCAACUACUGAAUAAUACUGAUAAUAGUGUAAGUAGGUUUCAAAGGUGUGAAAUAUAUUUUGUCUUAUCCAUUUAGCUUUAUCUAUUACAAGUUUAUAGAAGAGUUUGCAAUAAUUUUUCGUUUUUUUUAUUGUCUAAAUAAUAUUAGUUGUCAAUAGGCAAUUCAGCCUUUGGGCUGCAUAAGUAUUAUUCAAUAAACGAGUCUCAACAUUUUUGCAAGCCUACAUAUGGUGCAAAGCACUUUCCAUAAAGUAUUCUAGAAAUCCUCACAGAUAGCUCUUUCGUUAAUUCGGUUACCUACCGCGAUGUUCUGCACUGUGAGAAGGGGUUGAGUUGAAUGUUCAUUUAGAGCUAAUGACAUAGAAGGGCGCUCUUAAUUGAAAAUUUUCAAUUGACUGAAUAGAGGCUUUGUUAGAUUACGCCACCUGCACUUGUGGCGGGUAGUCUGUCUUAUAUGCAGACUUGCUUUGCUGAAUUUUUUUCUUCCUUCCUUCCUCCCUUUUCUUUUCCUUUUCUUUUCCUUUUUUUUUUUUUUUUUUUUGGGGGGGGGGGGGGGUGCGAGGGAAUUCGAUAUGGCUUACGUUUGAACCUCGAUAAACUUUGGUUACAAAGACUGGUUUACGGGCUGAAAAACUUACUGGUUAUAUUAUUUUUACACCAAUCUGUUUCAUAUUUCAACUAGGUUUGAUGAUACGAAGCCGUGUUAUGUUUCAACGGCCCCUUGUACAACGAGUAGAAUAUUAUCGGAGAGGAAAGAAAAGGGAGGAAGCAACACUUACAGUGGAAGAAGAAAAGAGGAUUUUAGAAGUACGACAAAUGGACCUUUCAUACCAAGGGAUGCCGAUCACAUUGCCGGGGCAGCGAUUGUACAAAUUAUCCAAUUUCAUCUCGCUGAGCAAGUUGGAUUUAAGCCACAAUGAACUACACGAAACCCCUGGAGACAUUCGUUGGCUACCUUCCCUGACCCACUUGUUUCUCAAUGACAAUUACUUGUCAUCACUACAGCCUGAAAUUAUAAGACUACUAGUAAACCUGCAAGAGCUGGACUUGAGGAAUAACAAAUUAAACGACUUUUCAUUCGAUAUCACUGAGCUAAGUUGUCUUCAAAGGCUAAGUGUUCAAGGAAAUCCUCUAAGAAAUGAUGAAACAAGAAAACUGAUGAUGCUCGCCCAUGAGAAGAGAUGGAUAGAUAUUGCAGGUGAAUGUUUAAUCCUUUAGUAGAAAUGUGGUAAAGUUGUGGACUACUAUAUGCAGUCAAACCUCUUCACAACGGUCCUCUUGGGUUAUUGGGAGGUCGUUGGUGAUAUAUGCAAUGUAACACCAGAUUUACUGUGGGAAAAGAUAUAAUAGUUUUAUCUUCAAAAGAUCAUGCUUGGUUGUUAGGGCAUUAUUAUUACGUAACACAAUCAAUAUAUAUGCAUUACUGACUAAGCGUGAGAUCAAGAUGGCCGGAUAUUGGCCAAUUUCAUUUUUGCGUUUUGAUGAACCGAGAUAAAGUCCAGUGCCCAGUUGUUCGAAGGCCGUUUGCGCUUAACCCAGGGAUAAAUUUAACCCGAGUCUCUUUUUCUUGUGGUCAAAAGCAUUUUCUCGGAUAAUUUUCUCUGUUAUUUUUAGAGCUUCCAAUCAUCGACUUGUAGACAAAAAGAAUUAAAACUGAAAUGCUCUUUAAGCUUUCAAAUCUAAACUCAAAUCUCGCACCAACCCUGGGUUAUCUUAACCCAGUUUUGCACAACUCGGCCCAGGUCGAUAAAAAUGCAAAACAGAACAAGGCCAACACUUUAAGCCAUCUUGACUGAACAAGUCAUUUGGCCAUGAAGGAAACGUUUUCUUGCGGGACCAACGCGGGAAAUCCUGGGCGGGCAAGAUAGAACAGGAUUCGCUUGAUCUUAACCGUUCGCGCACCAUGCAGCUAUCAAUGUUAUGCCCGAGGGGGGAGGGGACCUUGGGAAAGGGUGGGGACUUUGAUCAAAAACAAAACUUUGGGGUCAAACUCUUCCCAACCCUUGGGAUUAGAUUUCAAUUCACAGUUCUCCACCUCGGGAUAAGGUUUUGAGUUCAAAGCUACCCAAUAGAGCGGGAAUUUCAAUCCGAGUGAGAAAAAGAAUAUGUGCUUGCAUUUGACGAGUCUUUUUCAUAGCUAAAAGGAAGUCAAAGACAGACUUGCACGGACUCCCAAUGUGGUUUUUGUGAUUGCGUCGCAUUAUCAAAUUCCUAAUCAUGUCAAGCAUGUCUUCUAGGAUAUGAUCGGAGUGUUUGAGACUGUGCGUGACAAAUGUUGUUAAAUAAUUCAAGUGCAUUUUCAGCAAUCUAUUUUAGGAUGCAUGCAAAUCAAUUAAAGGAUUAGGGUUUCAGUGAUUGAAUGAUCAGACGACAGUUAAGUGCAUUAGUUGAGUAAACAUGAUCAUCAAAUAGGUUUUAUAUCUAUGAUUUUCACGCAAAAGUUCAGUUGUGAUUAUGAGCUCAGGCGAUCAUGAGUGAUCCUUCGUAUAUUCAGUAUUGUGAAAUAGCCGUGUUAAAAAUAAAACCAGUGAAGUAUCGGAAUUACCAAGCGGACUGUUUGUCUCUUUUCCGAAAGGAAGUCUUUUAAAAGUUGUGUACAGUAGAAGCUGAUUUUUUAUAAGACUCCAGUUUGCCAUCAAUGUCUUUUUAAGAUCUUGCACCGCUGGGUGAUAUGUUGUAACGAAAGGCAAUAGUCUCUCUUUACUUUUUUGCUUUUGUUUUAGCGCCGAUUAAGCGAUUGUCCUUGGUCAAAGUUGACCUCUGACAACGACCUUUCUAUAUCUUGUUUAGAAUACCCGUGUACUUCGAGACGUUGUUUAAAGUUCGCAAGGCUCUCGUCAAAUGUCUUCUUUUGAAAAGUUUGUUCUAAGCAGUGUUAUUGCUUCGCCUUGUGUAUAUUGAAAGGUUUCAGUCGGCUUAUAGCGGGUUUUGAUGUCCAAGGGACAGUUGACGCAGAAUAUAAUGAAGUAUCUCUCACAUGGCGAACCACUUCAUGAUCGGACCAUUACCUGAGUUGCUACAUCAAGUACUUAGCCGAGCUCUGCUCUCUUGAAAUAAAUUAAAUAUACUAAUAAAACCUCGAAAAUAAGCUUCCAUUUAAUUUUGUUUUCUUUAAGAGCGGCUGUCUGUAAAUAUCGAGAAUUUUCCGUCAAAACUGAAAUUUCGAAAUCUUCAUAUUCAGUGAGAAAAAACCCUUUGGUGAAGCAUUUUCGAAAAUCACAAUCAAAGUUUCCAAAGAAUUUUCUUUUUCGAGAAAACCGGCAAAAAGUGAAAUGCUGCCCCACGCCAUAUAGUCGCCGGUCUAAAACCUUUGAAUUAUACCAUUUUCAAAGCCCUACGGAAGAAAGGCGGUUCAAGGAAACAAGUUCAUCUUUGGCAGGUAAAUAACUAUUUCGUAAAAAUAUUGCAAGGUGAUGCAUUUUUUACUAGGUUAAAAAUCGCCCGAAGUUUCCCAUCUUCAGCACUUUCAUAAACAAUGAAAUUUUGCGAACCUUUGAAGGAAAAAAUCACGGCUUGUACAUGAAAUUUUAGAAGAAUUAUUAUACCUUAGUAAAGCCCUACUGUUGUAGUACAACAUAUAAAAAAUCCAGCUUGGGCAAUUAAAAACUCUCAGAUUAAAGCGCAAACCUGAUGUUUUCAAAUUUGAAGUUUUGAAGCUGGAAUAUGCGAUGAGCGUUUACGAGAAGUUCCGAGACUAUAAAACAGCCGGUUCUCUUUCAUGCCGUCACACGCUCACGGGGCGUGGCAAAUCUCCUUUUCACCCUCGCUCCAGAUGUUUCGUUUCAGCGUGGGUUAUUGAUCUACGUAAAAAUACGGGCUUAUUUACAGUCCAGGCUAACUUUGGUACCUUUAACGGACACCUAGAGUUAGGACCCUCUGGCAUCAGUCCCUUUCUUGUCUUUUUUUGACCUUCGAUAAGACGAUACUUGUCCGGCACACACAAUUGGCUAAUAUAUAAAUUUAGCCAGGGCUGAAAGCGAAGCUUCCGUUUCUAUACUUAGGAUGAAAGCAAUCAAAUUGAUGUAAUAACAUGAACUCUAAGCCAAAAAACAGAAAUCUUCACAUCUCUAAAAGCCGUCGGCAUCGGACACCUUUAGAGGGAGGGGCUAAAUGAUUAAGAAAAAAUAUCCCCCAAACAAACCUGAAUUGAAAAAAUUGUUAAAUUGUAGGUCUCUUAAGUAGCAGCAAUUUACAGGUUACGAUUUCUUGGGUCGGUGUUUCUGUGUUUAAGGGAAGAUCUAAAAGAAAAAUCAGGCCGACUUAAGGACUUUUGUCUUCCCGUAAGCCCAUUAUAUUUUCUUUUCUUUUUUUUUAACGGGCCCGGACGAACAGUCAUGUGUGGCUUUUACAUUUAUACCUCACAAUAUCUGAAAGACAAUUUUACUGUAAGGUGUAUAAUAUUUUCUCUGAGGACAGACAUAGGAAAGCAAACGAUAACCUUUUUCGCUACUAAUAACAAUAAUCCAAUCUUUCACUACAAAUAUAAACGUUUACAGCAACUUACAACUUUUAUCAUUCAAAAAAAAGACAAAUUCGGGCUCGAAAAGCCAGCGAGUCUGUCCGUUUUAGAAUAGAGGAGAACUCUUUCAUUUUUUAGAUAAGGCAAAGCUCACUUUUUCAGUGAGAAUUAGAAUAAAAAGCCGUAAACAAACAACUGAAAGUAAACGCAGUAAACUUAAUUGGAGCGGGUAUUCAGCUGUAUUCAGGGCACAAGUUAUGGAAAAAUAGCAGCACACUGCACACUGCAAAACUGGAGAAAUUCUUGAAUUCUACACACUGCAAAAUUGUUGAAUGGCGAGUUAUCAAUGAGAAAAUGAAUAGCAAUUCAAUGCGGAACAUGUACAAAAACAACACUUCAGUUUUAUUCAAGAAAGGGACCGUCUGAAUGUUUCUAGAAAUCUCACGAUCUAUAGUCUCAUGGUCGUUUUUUGAACUAAUGUUAUGAAUGAACAAUGUCAGAUAAAUAACUUAAUUUCUUGAAAAUUUCUAUUCAAAAACCCAUAAGUUAAUCCUAAAAAGCAAUUCACGUAAGACAAGUUAAAUCGUUGCGUUCACGCAAGUUAAAUCGGUCGCGCACAUGCUAAAAAAAUAAAUUUCAAAUCCACAAAUACACCAAACAUUUGGUCAGUUGACAGAUUCUAUUUGUCAACAUUUCUAAAGGCUUUUGAAACAACAGAGGACAAAACUCUCUAGGGGAGAGGGGAGGAAUUCGUUUCAACUUACGCUUACCAUGACGUCCUAACCAAAUUUUCUCGGAUGGAUAGUUUACUAAAUUUUAUUACCCGUGGUGCUCCGCUGCGCACGCUUCGCGCGCGCCGGGCUCCGCUAUCAAAUGGUUUACCCAAAUGACCAAAACCCUAAAAAGCUUGUUCUUUUUUAUCUGCUACCAUCCGUCUCCGAGACAGCCUGCGGGAAAAGUCCAGAGCGUCGGGCCCGGGGGCUGGGGGUAUAGUGAGGUUGGACAAAUUAAAACUAACUUUUCAUUGUUUUGUAUGCGUCUGAGGGUGUGUGCGAAGUUGGCUGGCCGCGUUAAACAAUAUCGCCGGUUGCUUUCUUUGAAAAAGUGUGGGUAUCCCGUUUUUUAGUUGAUUCAGUGUAAGUCAGGUUCUCUAUAUUUUCUACAUAAAUUGUUAAACGAAACAGCAUAUUUGCGCUCGAUGAAAAGUCCCGGGGUGGGAAUUACGGCCUUUUUUGUGAGUCCUACGGUGGGGAAUAGACCGACAAGUGAGAGAUAGAUGGUAGAAAGGAACCAUUCAGAGGCCGAUCCUGUACUCUUUGUAAAGAGUUGUUUUUUAAUACAAACUAUAGUUGCAAGGUUUUACUCAGGUAAUGACGUACAUCAAAUGGUUUCUCUGAGUUCACUGAUGAUAAAUUUCCUGUAAAGUUCAUAAGAGGAAACUUUGAGUACUUUCUUGGCCGGUUAAGUAACGAAUACGAAGAGGCGAGGUGCUCUUCAGUUGUUUGUUUCAAUAAUAUUACUUUUUGUGCGAACAUUUUGUGUCAAUUUAGCAAUUUUUAAUAGAUUUAAAGCAUUUUGUCGACCAGUUGAGAAGGGCUCAUUAAGGGCGACCUUCCCCCUGAGUCACUCAAGCAACAGGACUAGCAAGCUCUUUAAUGACCAUAAACACUGAUAAAAAAUAAUUUAAAAAGGAGUACCUUCUGUGGUGUCGAUAUCAUUUGUUGACCUUUGUUGCUUGGUUCGCCAAACGCAGUGUUUCCCCAUUUGGACUCCAACAACUUCCAGCCCCCUCAGUAACGGGUUUUUAUCGAAUGAAAUAAGUUUUCGUAUGCCCUUUAUAGAAAAUUCUUGAUUUGAGAUACUGUACAUAUAAAGGAUAUUACAUGGCUGCGCGGAGAUAGGAAAUUUCUCUUCGAGUGUUAAAAAAUAUUGAAAUAUUUUUUCAACACGAGAAGAGAAAUCUCGUAUCUCCAAGCGGCCAUGUAAUGUUCUAUUUAUUAUAUAAACAAUGAACUACCAAACCAUUUCACUUUAAUAGUUUUUUGGUGUGAAAGGCGCGAUUUAUUAUGUAGCCAUAGCAACGGUGAUAUUUUCACAUGUGAAGAUAUCAAGUUUUCGCGCGAAAGCUCACCUGGUAUUUCAUUGGUGUUUAUAUAAGAAGUAUUUUUAACAUUCCGCUUUCGUGAAGCUAGUAGGAAAUUAUGUCGGCGGUAAUGACAGUGCACUUGACCUUCUUCGCGGCGGUUUUCACUUAUUCCAUUUAUACGUUAAAAUUAAAAUAACGACAGAAUACUUAAAAAUUCACUAAAUACUACAUUAUAGAACACUAUCUAUUCAUCUUUAUCGAAAAUAAUGCAUAUUUGGGCACAUUUAAUUUAAUUUUAUUGAGUUUGUGUUACCCCCGGUUGCGUGACGGUUUCAACAUUUUAUGCAAAAACAUCAAAAAAGAACUGCGCGUUUACCCCUCUCGACGGGUUCUUUUUUAAUUGCCCAAGCUGAAUUUUUUAUAUGUUGUACCACAACAGUAGGGCUUUUCUGAGGUAUGAUAAUUCUUCUAAAAUUCCAUGUACCAAGCCGUGAUUUUUUCCUUCAAAGGUUCGUAAAAUUUUAUUGUUUGUGAAAGUGCUGAAGAUGGGAAUCUUCGGGCGAUUUUUAACCGAGUGAAAAAUGCAUUAUCUUGCAAUAUUUUUACCAAAUAGUAUUGUAACUGGGAAGGCGGAAUGGCGGAUAAGUGUGUUUUAACAAAAGUACCACAGCAGACUAACCGGAGAUCAGGCCCAAUUUUAGCGCUUCUCAUACAUUCUCUCUAAGAGCUACCGCUAAAAUUGGGCCUGAUACAAACUCUCUCACGUUUGUGCUCACUGCGACCAGAUUUUGGCCGUAACGCUGAUUGGCUUUUGGAACAAUGCCUCAGGAUCUGAUUGGCUGUUGAAAUCAACGGAAGUUGAAAGCGCUUAUUCCUCGCGUGGUUGUUUUCGUGAAUGAUCCGCCGUCGGCGGAGAGAAAGGUCGAUUUAAUUUCGCUGUCUUUUUUAUUGUUUUAUGGUCUUAUGGUAGGAAAAUAUGCCUUAAUAUGUGUCAUUGCUCAUAUCUUCUCAGGAUUUGCUUUAUUUACGGAACUAAUGUGACUGUAUCGCGGAGUUGAAUCUAAUCCCUCUGCAAGUUGUCAGAGUUGUUGACCGCUAACAAGGUGCCUUUUGACUUACCAACAAACGAGUGCAAAUCAAAAUGCUGUCCAUCUUAAAAGUGGUUUCAUUUGAAAGUGUAGCCGGGAAUGACUUUUCUGAACGGGGUAAGCAAGCGGAGGCUCAUGCAUUGCGAAAGAAACUUUAAUCGCCAACUGUGAGGUAUUAGACAAGAAACAUCGCAUCACUGUUCAAUGAAUUUUUGUAGGCAUUAUUAUAGAAGCUGGUGGCGCUAGUGUUAAGGUAACAGACUUGUUGUUUGCCUUCGCUUUUUGUUAAAAAAUAAACCAGGAAAACUGGUGUCCUCGCUCGUUGACUGUUUGCUGUUGGUUAAUUUCGAUUAAUAAAUUUCACCCAACGAGAAUAUAGUUCAAAACCACUUAAACAUAGCAUUGCUUAACGUAUUUUAGUAUUUGAACGGUAGAUAUAGGCAUAUCUUUAUCCCCUAAAAAUUUGUCAUCUGUUAGGGUUUCCUAGCUGAAAGGCUAGUGAUCCGAAAAUUAUAGGGAUCAAAACUUACCUUUUCGAAAAUUUCAGCCAGAAAAAAGGUUCCCGUAAAUUCUAGGUCACCGUUUUAGGGUAAAAAUCCGUUAAAAAUGGGCAAUUAUACCAUUUUUGGGGGGUUCGAAAAUCCUAGGAGAGGCUGGCAAGCAAGAAAUUUAACAACAAAUGUUCCGAAAAUUCUAGAUCUCAAGUCGUCUUCCGAACAGAUAUUUUCCAAAAAUUGUCGUUGCGUGCCCCUGAAAUUUAGCGAGCCAAGUUUUUAGACCUGCAGUAAAACAAUAACUUAACUAAGGAGAACUACAAAGUGUGUUUGUAAUAUUGUUUUUCCUUUUGUUUAUAGGUCAGUUGAGCAUGCAGUUGUAGAAGUGUCGUUUCGUUUUUCCAAAUUGGCAGAUAAUAUUUACCUGGAUUUAUAAAAAAAUAUAUUUUUUUAGACGUUUGUUUCUCUGGUAAAUUCGCAAAUUGCAAAUGUACGCACGGGACUAAUUCAGAAUAUGCACUUGUGAACUCGUUUGGUUUGUUCUGAGAUAAUUUAUAUAUCCUUUAAAAACGUUCACGAUAUAUUUCUCCAAGAUUUUUCAAGAUUUAUGUACUGAAAAUCGGGAAAAAUUGCGGAGGAAAAAUUAAGGCAACAGACAAAUAGAUAUUUCAGUAUUUUAAAUUCGAGCGCGUCUAGCCAAAAUAUUAAAAUUAGAACAUCGUGUCGCCGUCUUUUCGAAAACGUUUUGCCUUCUACGCCAACAGAAAUAACCUUCGAGAUCUCCUUUAAUCUCGCAAGACGUUAAAUGUAAUUGUGCUGACCGUUUUAUUUUUAGUUGAAAAGAUUCGAAAAGAGAAAAGCUAUUUUUCAAGUUAGCGAGUCUGCAUUUUUCCCACGUAUGAAAAAUUUGCAUACUAAAAAAACAAGCAACGGAAGUAAUUUUGGUUGGCUGAUUCGGCAAAUGUCAGUCAAUCAAAAAAGUGGGCGGAAGGCGUUUGGUAGAAAGUUUGUAUCAGGCUCUCUUUUCGUUUCGCCUAACCUGAGAUCAGGCCCAAUUUUAGCGGUUCUCAUACAUUCUCUCUAACGGCUACCGCUAAAAUUGGGCCUGAUACAAACUCUCUCACGUUUGUGCUCGUUACGGCCAGAUUUUGGCCGUAACACUGAUUGGCUGUUAUAACAAUGCCUCAGAAUGUGAUUGGCUGUUGAAAUCAACGGAAGUUGAAAGCGCUUAUUCCUCGCGUGGUUGUUUUCGUAAAUGAUCCGCCGUCGGCAGAGAGAAAGGUCGAUUUUGCUGUCCUUUUUAUUGUUUUAUGGUCUUAUGGUAGGAAAAUAUGCCUUAAUAUGUGGCAUGGAAAUUUAGAAAAUUCAUAUGGCUGUUCAUAUCCUCUCAGGAUUUGCUUUAUUUACGGAACUAAUGUGAGUUACAAGUCAGCGAGUCUGCAUAUUUUUCCCACGUAUGAAAAAUUUGCAUACUAAAAAACAAGCAACGGUAGUAAUUUUGGUUGGUUGAUUCGGCAAAUGUCAAUCAAUCAAAAAAGUGGGCGGAAGACUUUUCAUAGAAGGUUUGUAUCAGGCUCUCUUUUCGUUUCCCCUUGCCCGCCAAAAUGUUAUUUUCAAAGCGAAAUGUCGUGGGUGUGGGUGUGGGUAAAUGCCGUGGGUAAAAAAAGUCUUCCAAACAAAGUAAAAAAUUACAAAUUAAAUAGCAAAAUUUUGUAAAAUUCAUGAAACGAAAAUCUCCGCGUACAUACCAGUCCUAUUCCCCUUCCCCGCGGUCGGCAAAGCUAAUAAGCGAAUCCUUUAGUAGAAACGGACACUAAAAAGGCAUUUAGGUGAAAAAUCACCGAAAGAAACUCUUUAUCGCACUAUGUAAACCUGAAGCAGGCUAUAGAAAAACUGGAGACUGAACUGCUUUUUCUCAAAGAUGUCAACAUUCGUGACGUAAUAUAUCAAACAUGAGAUGCAGUGUUUCAUCACCAGAUGAAACACCGAGAAGAGAGUUGAAAAUACGACGCGCAGCGGAAUAUUUUUGACGAACUUCGAGGUGUUUCAUCUGGUGAUGAAACACUGUGUCGAAUGUUUGAUAUUUCUUCUCAAACAAAAUCAUUUUUGAAGGAGAAAUUAAGGAUGCAAAUACUAAGCAGUGUUUCAUCCGAUUUCCAAACACUCAUUAAACAUUAAUUUCCUUUGUAUUUUCUUAGUGAAUUAUUAAUGAGUUUGAGAAUGAAACGUCCUUUCAGUUUAAGAAAUGAUAUGUCGAAUCGUUACAGCAAAGAUUUUGUAUGCAAAACAAAACAAAAAAGAAUGGAGAAAAAUUGUAUUUCCAUACGGCAAUAAAAUUUACAUACAGUCUCUUCUUCACUUGAAAGGUUAGGAAUGAUGGUGGUUCCUUCGUAAGGUAAGAGACCUAAAACUUCUUUAAGAAAGACUUCUAUCCAAAGAUAUGAAAUACCUCAAAAUUGUCCUUUUUCCUUCCCCUUUCUCACGGUUAUCGCCUUCCAUCGUGUUAAAAAAUCUCAGCUGAUCAUUGGAAUUGUGGAUCGAAUAAAGAUUAAUAAAGAGCAGCUAUUUCUAUUCAGCGAUUCAGGGCUGUCUCAUACUUUCUGCAAAUUGCAGGUAUAAUUUACACCUGUUUCGUUUAUUUCGCGGCGAUAGCUCAGGUAUGGAUAAAUCUUCAUCGGCAACAUGCCUUUUAUACAGUGAUGUUGUGAAAGGGGAGCCAAGUCCCACGUAUAGCUAACGAAAUAUCAGGAAGAGGACGAAGAAGCCGUGACGAAAAAGGCAAAAGGCAAUUAAGGAGUUUGAGAUUUUCGUUUCAUAAAUAUUUUACAACUUUUUUCUAUUGAUUUUUUUUAUUUUUUACUUUAUCAUUUUUUCUAUACUUUUUUUACCCACGAGAUUUACCCACACCCACACCCACACUCACGACCCACGACAUUUAGCCACACUCUUCUUUUCAAUAUCAGAGAUGGAAAAUUUUCUUUUGUCAGGACUUAAAUUUAAAACACUGGACUACCUGAAAGAGUUAUUGAUCCCAUCUAAGCCGCAAGGAACGUAUUUAGCAUGAUUUGGGAAAUCGUUACUGGCACAGUGAUUGUAUUUUUAUGAUUUAUAUAAUUCUUAAUGUUGCAUAGUGCUUAAUUCUUACUUAUGUUUUUAUGCACAUUUCUUUUAAAGUUAGAUAAAGUUAUUUGCUGCGGUCACAUCUGAGCUACUAACUAUAGUUAAGACGGGGAUAACUGUAGUUAGCUAUUUCGGUAACGUGACUGCUUCUCUGUUCGCUCUAACUAUAGUUAGAAAAUUUACGCCUCGGUGAUCCAAAACAAUACAGAGUAACUAACUGUUGCUAACAGCGUGGUGUGACUGCAGUGUCGACCGAAAGCACUAACUAUAGUUAGGUACGACAUCACGUAACUUGACACUAACUUAAGUUAAACUUUAGUUACGUCGUAAAUGUGACCGCAGCCAUUAUUGAUUAUUAAAAUUUAAAAUAAAAAAAUUGUAACUGGGAUGCCUUACUUUAAUACCUGCCAAAGAUAAACGUGUUUCCUUAAACCGCUUUUCUUCCUAAGGGCUUUGAAAAUGGUAUAACUCAAAGGUUUUAGACCGGCGACUAUAUGGCGUGGGGCAGCAUUUCACUUUUUGCCGCUUUUCUCGAAAAAGAAAAUUCUUUGGAAACUUUGAUUGUGAUUUUCGAAAAAGUUUCACCAAAGGGAUUUUUCUGACUCAAUUUGAAGGAUUUCGAAAAUUCAGUUUUGACGUCGAAUUCUCGAUAUUUACAGACAACCGCUCUUAAUAUCUUGAACUCAGGUGAUGAAUUCACAAACCUGAAAAUAUUACCACUCUGACUAUUGUAGACCAUUUUCAAGGGUUCCAGUUUUUCAAAGAAUCUACAAUUUCAUUUCAAUCGCGACAAUGUAGAAGUUGAUCUUGGUUCUUGUCUUCAAGUUAUUAUUGUUCCUCUUGCUGCAGAUUGAUGUGAAAGCAUUUGUUUACAAUCACAUCAAUAAAAAGGACCGAUGGUUGUUAAAGGAACAAAUUUAAGGAGAUUAAUAAUCUCACCUUCCGUUCCUCCAUUUUCUUACACCUGGAAAGCACUUUCGAAAUUCUGAGAAUUCUGGGUAUUCUCAAGAUGGCGGAGCACUCGUAUCAGCACAGAAUAUUAGCUAUAUUUGCAGUUGGGUCCUACCUUAAUGGGCGUUACUGUUUUGGAGUCCAGAGACCUGGUUGUUGUAGAGAAGUGAUAGCAAAGGUUAUUGAUGGACUGUGUGCUGGGAACAGAAAAAAAGAAAAACGUAGCCAUUGUCACUGCUGACCAAAAAGCCAGAAGACUCUGGGAACAAGAUUGAGAAUGAGCUGUUUAUGAGGUGGCUACAUACGUGCGGAGCAUGCGUAAUAGCAACCUGGAGAUUAGGAUUGCAAGCUCCUCUUGUUUUCCGCAAUUAACAGAUUUAAAAACCCCUUGCUCAGCUUGUGUACAGACAUUGGUGCCCAGAAUUCAUAAGAAAUCAAAAGCUGUAAAAUGGAAUUGAAAACCUUCGAUUCGUUUUUAAGGCAUUUUUGUUUCUCUUGUAGUCAUCACACCCGAGCUGAAAAGGACAGCCAUAACCCCCAGCGAAGUGGAGCAGAAGUGUAAGGAAAAGAAUGAUUUUUCCCCUCCUAGUUAAACUUGUAUUCAGUAUUAUACACUUAUCCUUUCCACUGCCAGAGUGAAUGAUGAAAUCUCUUAAGGUAGUACUAACUUUUGAAUCUGUGGAUAGUCAUGAAGUCUUUUGUUACACCUCCCAGUUAAAAAAUAAAACAAAUUAUAAAUUAGUUUCUUCGCCACGAAACACAGCUUUCCCACAGUUUUCAGUGUGUCCGACCAGGUCAGUUUUGUUCCCUGGUAUAUGGCACGUUUUCGUGCAAUAAAAAAAUGCCUUUGAGUUGGGAGGUAUGAAAUGAUGAAUGGGUUAAAAGUGAAGUAGUAUCACGAUGUUCAAAGUCCGUUUUCUGCUUAGUUCAUUUCUGCACUAUAAUGACCAUUAAUCUGGUAGAUGAUGAGUUAGGAAUGCCAAUUUUUCUUCUAAAACUUUGACAUUUAACACUGUACUUGUAUAAAAACUACAAAAUAACAUUUGCAUCGUAUUUUAUUACAAUCUUGUAGCUAAAGUUCCAAACGAAAUUCUGUUACAAGGACAACGUACAAUGCUGAUGUAUCAAAAGGCCCUGAGAGAUGGAUAUGUGAAUGUCUACAGGGGUCGCAUUUUCCUGAUCGGUCAAGAUCGUGCUGGAAAAACUAGCCUAAAAAAGUCACUGUUAGGUGUGCCAUUUGACCCAAAAGAAGAAAGCACUGAAGGAAUUAACCCUUCAAAGUGUGAUAUUGAUGUUAAUCGAGUUCAAAACUGGCAUUUCGACAGCAAAAAUACGAUUUUAUCUGACGUUUCUGAGCAAAUUUCAAGGUCAUUAGCAGUGGAACUAUUCCUUCCUUCAAAAAGGGAAAAGAAAAGAACAGGAUCCAGUGAAACAGAAAGUAUGGCCCCAGUUGUCUUCUACGUAGGACGUACGAGUGCGGUUAGUAAUGGAACGGUUAGUAAUCUUUCAGAACCUAAUCCUGUCUGAAAAUCAUAUUGAAGACUGAACUGUAUUUAAUGUCGUAUGUAUUGUGAUGUCGCCGAUGAGGGAAUUCAUGUAUGUCAAUUGUUGAGCUAUUUUGAAAAAAUAGCUCAUAUGUCAGUGUUCUUAGCGCAUGUAUCUCUGUGGCUUUGUGUAUUCGGAUGUCUGUUGCAGGGGCCAAUAAGGUUGAAGGUACCAUGAGUUGAUGCUAGGAACCAAUGAGAUUUUGGCAUCUAAACAUGACAUGUUCAGAUGCCUACGUCAGUUAUAAAGAAAACCGUCGACUCUGUUGCUGGGCCCUUUAUUCGCGUUAUCAAUUUGUCCAUUUUUCACGGUAUAGUUCCAGAUGAAGUAAAAAUUGCUCGUGUAAUUCCCGUAUUCAAAGCGGGUGAUCAGUCGUUAUUCACAAACUAUAGAACAAUAUCAAUUUUCCUAGUUUUUCUAAGUUUUUUGAAAGAGUGAUUUAUAACCGUCUUAUUAAUUAUUCAAAUAAACUGGAGAUUUUAUCAAACAGCCAAUAUGGUUUUAGGAAAGGCCACUCCACUACAUUAGCUUUGAUCGACUUGUACGAUAAAAUUUCCUCCUCCAUUAAUCGUUGCGAAUUUUCCAUAGGCGUUUUCCUUGACCUUUCAAAAGCUUUCGACACUGUUGAUCACAGCAUCCUUUUGGACAAACUAGAACAUUAUGGGAUUCGCGGACUAGCUUUACAGUGGGUUAAAAGUUAUCUUACCAGUAGGUUACAAUUUGAUGAAUUUAAUGGCCACUCUUCCUUUUGUCACAAAAUAGUAUGUGGGGUCCCACAAGGUUCAAUUCUCGGCCUUUCGUUUUUCUUAAUUUAUGUUAACGAUUUAAGUAAAGUAUAAGAACUUGUUGAUUUGGUGCUAUUCGCAGGUGACACCAACCUAUUUGUUCCUCAUAAAGACCCAAAUAUUUUAGUUAAUACCUUAAACUCUGAACUCCAAAAUUACUCAGUGUGGUUUAAAGGUCAUAAGCUCUCCCUUAAUCUUAACCAAACCAAAUUCAUGUUCUUUAAACUAAGAAAGAACAUUUUACAUUAAAUUUACAUGUUUAUAUUGACAACAAGCAAACUGAACAAGUUAAGGAAACAGCUUUUCUUGGCGUUGCUCUUGAUGAAAAUCUGAUUUGGAAAGCUCAUAUUUUACAUGUGGCGAACAAAAUUUCAAAAUCUAUUGGAAUAAUAUAUAAAUCUAGUUUUAUCCUUUCCGAUCCAAAUCUGGUCUUAAAAGCUUGUACUAUUAUAUCCUUCUCUCUUUUACUGCAACAUCGCCUGGGCUUCCAUUUGUAAAAAAAAAACCUGCGUCGUCUUGUGACUCUACAAAAGUGUGUGAUCAGAAAUAUUAAUAAAUCUGCCUUUGAUGCCCCUUCAGAUCCCAUCUUCAAGGAGAAUCGUAUGCUGAAAUUUCAUGAUAUUCGUUUACUAGAAUAAGGCAAAUUUAUGUAUUCCUAUGAACAUUCACUCGACCCAUUAGGUUUAGAAAUACUUUCAGUUUCCUCUUAAUAAUCAGACCCAUAGCUACAAUAGAAGAAAUGCUGAUGCUUUUAAGGUAUCUGUAGAACAAACGCUAGACAAUUUUCUGUAAGUUAUCAGGGAGACCCUGAUAACUUACAGAAAAGUCAUUAUCUAAAGAAUUAAAAUUCCUUACAUAAUGACAUUUGUAACCCAAUCGCUCCUUCUUCCUUCACAAUCAGUAUGAAAAGGUAUGUUAUUAACAGCUAUUAGUCAAGAAGAGUUGAAUAGUUUCAUUGUUACUGGCGACAGAAAAAGUCCGCAGCCUAUUUUUGGUCAGCAGCACUCUUUUAACUGUAACUCGAGAUUUUUCCCUAAUCUGUCCACAUUCUUGGAAUGCCCGUGUUGUACCGACUAAUAUGCAUCGUAUGUGACCGCAAAAGGCCCUGGUGUUGAGUUUAAGGUCCAUCUGAUGUCACUGUAAUCACCUGAAUCAAGAGAGGAUAAAGGGGACAGAGAAGGCAUCCUCCAUACACAUCCUAUUCCAUAGGUAAUUCGUCUCGAGUUAUUUUUAAGACCACAGAUCCCAAGGGGGAUUAGACAACAACCAAUCACAUAGCGCGAAUGUGUUCUGCGUGGAUGAUCCACGCUCAGAGCCACGCGUCCUUCACGAAUUGAGGCAGAAGAAAAUGGCGGAAGACGCGGAGAGCAAUAUUGCUAUUCGUUUUGUCGACGAAAACGACUAAAGAAAGAUUUCCGCCAAAGCUGUGUCAGCGAAACGGAAAUUAAAAAAGAAUCGCCCUUCCUCUCUUGUAUAGAGCUAACAGUACAGCAGGAAAAUCCUUAACACAGUGAAUAUUCUCUCAGGAUCAUUUAUAAUUUACAGUUUGAAGAGAGUAAUUUCUGGUUUGAUAUUUAUUCUUUUAUUAGUCUUUUAUUAUUCAACAAAAAUAACACUUGGCGUCCUAUAAUAAUAAUAAUAAUGUAAUAACUUCUAGAGCGCUAUUUACAUUCACUGAUCAACAGCGCUUAAAAACUUUAAAAAACUACAAUAAAAUUCAAAUUUGUAAAACUAAUUACAUGUGCAUGAAUAUUACUUGCUACUUGCUUUAUGGUACAAACGACCGGUUUCAAUUUACCGGCGAAAUUUCUUAUUUUAUUAAAGCACUGAGGUUAGGAUAACUUCGAGUUAAACUGAUUUCACGGGUUGUCAAAGAGUCGAGCGAUUCCCUUUUCCCAGAUGAGCGCCGACUCAUUUCGCUUCAAUAUUCAGAAAUGCUCUCGAUCUGUUUACGCUUUCAUUACCUUUCGCUCGACAUGUUUUGCAUGGCGUUUAAUCAUGCGAAACCUCCACGAAACAUCCACGCAGCGCGCGAGGUAACUUUAUCCCGAUUCUAAAAAUAACUCGAGACGAAUUACCUGUGGAAUAGGGUGUGUAUGGGGGAUGCCUUCUCUGUCCCCUUUAUCCUCUCUUGUCUGAAUGCAAUGCACAGGCAAGUGAUGAUGCAACAAUCAUUAUCACAAUCGAUUUGCAAGCACACGUAAUUCAGGUACACAAGUACUGUACUAAAUGGGAGACUUCGCCUUGCCGGUCUGGGGCCUGUUUCUCGAAAGUCCCGGUAACUUUUCUGGCCCGAAAUCAAAUAUUCAAAUCGAAAUAUAAAGAAUAAGAGCGCGGGUCCUGGCUAGCAAACUACUCCAUUUUGUUUCACUAACUGAUAGUUAUCAUGCUAGAUGCAAAACUUUUGAAACCUCGAUCUUUAAUACAAUCGUAGAUAAGCCCCUCCGAAUAUAAGCCCCUUCAAAAAUAAGCCCCUCAAAAAGGGCCUUUGAAAAAUAUAAGCCCCGGGGCUUAUUUUCGGAAUUUUACGGUAUGUGCGUUGUACCGUUCUCGAUGACCGAAUAUUAGGUCAGAAAUGUCUUGAAGCAUCACUCAAACUAAAAUAUGAACCCUUAAACAGCUCCAUCACUGUACUCAGCGUUUGAAUAAAAAAGAUAUUUCAGUGUUAUGCUUCUAAACACCUUUAGCCGUAAUAAAAGACGAAACAAUUGUGGAGAGCCAAGAUGGCGGUCUUAAAGUGCCCUUGUUUGACCUUAAGCCGAGUAAAUGUCACGUUUGAUGGUCUGGGGAGAGCAACAUGGAGUGAAGACGCAUUUUCGGAAGCUCCGUCGGCCACUUUUCUUACUACGGUGUUUAUGGAGGUUUCCUCUGUUUUUGUUACUCCUAAGAGAAAAUACAGCAGAAACUCAUCCUGUAGCUCAACUGAAGCGUCACCUGAAGAAAAACGAGCUAAAGAGGCCUCAUCUCCGGACGUGACACUUUCAAGCGACGCCGAGAAAACAAUGGCCGCCAAAACUCCUGUGGAAGGCGUCGAGGGAAAACUAGACCUUAUAAUCGCAAGACUGGAUAGCAUGGAUUUAAAGAUGGAAGAUAUAAGCUUAACUGUUAAAAAGCUGCAAAGCAAGAUUACUUCCGUGGAAGUAGAUGUCAUAUCAGUCAAAGAUAAACAGGAAAAGCUCGAAGGAAAAUUUACACAUAUGGAAACCAACUCCCAAUUUGUCGACAGCGAACUCGACCGACUUCAAUCAACUCUCGACGAGCGUAAGAAGGAACUAGGUGAAUGCCGAAAGAAAAUCCUGUAUUUAGAGGCCUAUAGCCGACGCGAAAAUCUAAAAUUCGAAGGAAUUCCAGAAGUUUCCCAAAACGCUGAAGAAGGGAAAACUGCAAACGAAGAUACCAAAGGCGUUCUUGUGAACUUUAUAAAAAUACGCUUGGAGUUGAGAACGCCGAACAUAUUGAAUUCCAGAGGGUCCACAGGCUAGGCAAGCCAAAAGAUGAUACUGGUAACGACGGCCGCACGAUUAUCGCUCGGUUUCUACGAUUUUCAGACAAGGAGCGUGUCUUCAAACAAGGGCGAAAGCUAAAGGGCACAAACUUCAAAAUGUUUGAGGACAUUCCAAAGGAACUACAUCAACUGAGGAAAGCGCAGAUGGAGAAAUUAAAACAGGCAAGAAAAGAAGGUAGACGGGCCAACUUUAGCAAGUCUGAACCAGACAAACUUUACAUCGAUGGUAAAUAUAUUAAAUUCUGACUCUAAAAGAAUCCUUUGAGUUUGAGCUUUAUUCAUUAGUUUGCCGAACGGCGAUUACAAUAUUUUCUGGCGAAGUUAUAAGUUUCUUUUCUUCUCAAUAUUAUGUAUGAUUUUUAAUUAUUCGCUCUUUUGUAUCAAAACAACAUCAGAUAAGAUCAUCAUCCUUUUGUUAGAUUUUUGCUCCAUGGACACCUUUUUAUUUUGAUUAUAUGUUUUCUUUUUUUUUGGCGGAGGAGCUUUCUUCUGUGUAGGAUCUAGGUUGUUAGUAGAUGGAUAUUAAUCUGGAACACGAGGUAGGUGUAUUAUCGUGUUUUUCCCUCUUGUUCCAUUUUUGUGUAGUGUACGUAAAAGGCAAUAGAAUCUAUUAUUCUAAUAUAUAUGUACUGAUGAAAUUUUUCGCGUUAAUUUCCUCUAAUUUGAGGAACGGUCUAUUCUUAUCUAAAUAUUGCAAAAACCAAGCGGAGCGCUCUUUAAUCAUAUCUUUUGUUUUCUUCUGCAAUCACAGUUUUACUGGUAUUUUACUACUACUGAAAUGUGCGCUAGCACGUGCAAAUUAGUUUCCUUAAAUGUAAGGGGCAUUGGAAAUUUUAAGAAAAGGAGAACGAUAUUUACUUGGUGUCGAAAGCAAAAAGCAGAUUUCAUCUUCUUACAAGAAACCCACUCAAAAAUGGACUCAGAGACGUGUUGGAGAAAUGAAUGGGGGAGUGACAUUAUUAUGGCCCACGGGACCUCCAAUUCACGCGGGGUGGCAAUUCUUGUUAAAAAGGAUGUUGAUUGCACAAUUCACUCAAAAGUGUUGGACCCCUCAGGACAAUAUGUUAUAAUAAAAGCAGAAUUUAAUGACAAAAUGUAUGUUCUAAUCAACAUCUACGCUCCGAAUAAAGAUUCGAAUAUCGUGAGCUUUUUCAACAAUCUACUUCUGAUUUUGCGAAAUAAUAAUUUUGAUGAAAAGAAAACAUUAUUAUGGGAGGGGAUUUCAACUGCCCUCUUAAUCCACUUAUGGAUAAGAAAGGAGGCCAAUUGAGUCCAAGAAAAUCUGUUGUAUCAACCAUUAGCAACCUACUAGAAGAGUUUGAUCUCGUCGAUAUAUGGAGAGUUAAGAAUCCUCAGAAAAAGAGCUUUACAUGGAGUCAAAAUUUGCCUACGAUCUUUUGUCGUUUAGACUAUUGGCUGAUCUCAAAUUCUUUACAUGAUCUAGCUAAAGCAGCAGAUAUAAUCCCGGCAAUUAGAACAGACCAUGCAGCUAUUACUCUUGAACUUGUAUACAAAUCUGAUGACAUCAAAGGUCCAGGUAUCUGGAAAAUGAAUUGCUCCCUUUUAGAUGAUGAAGACUACGUUAAUGGCAUCACGGAGAGGAUACCUAUCUGGUUAGCUGAAGGUCGUAAGGACCUUUCGAACUGUCGAAGUAUUUGGGACUGGUUAAAAUACAACAUAAGAGCGCACACUAUACAGUAUUCCAAAAGAAAAGCUCGAGAAAGAAGUGAAAGAGAAAAGGAACUCCAAGAACAACUCGCUAAUGCAAAGUGUGCUUUCGAAACAGAUCCUAGUAUUUUGAAUGCAAAUCUUCUUAACUGUGCUAAAGAUAUGCUCGAAUUGUUUUAUGAAGAAAAGGUUAAAGGAAUAAUUAUUCGAGCGCGAGCCCGCUGGCACGAGCAUGGCGAGAAAAGCACCAAAUACUUUUUUAAACCUAGAAAAAAAAGAAAUCAUGUCAAAAACAUAUGAGAAAAUUAAAUAUCAACGGCUCGUCUACCACGGAUCCGUCAAAGAUCUUGUCCGAACAACAACGUUUUUAUCAAGAAUUGUACUCGAGUAAGAACAUGAAUAAUGAAAAUUUGCACGAAAUUAAAUCCUUUUUAAAAGAUUUAAACAUUCCUAAACUGUCAGAAGAACAAAAAAUGUCUUGUGAAGGUGAAAUUACUCCAGAAGAAUGCGCACUUAUCUUGGAUAGUUUCCAAAACAAUAAAACUCCAGGGAACGAUGGAAUUCCCAUCGAAUUCUAUAAAAAAUUUUGGCCUUUACUUUGUGAGCCUUUCAUUCUCUGUGCUAACGAAUGCUUCGAAAAAGGUGAAAUGUCGCGCUCUCAAAAAGCAAGCAGUAAUUACGCUCAUCGAAAAGAAAGGAAAAGAUCGAUCCUUUCUGGAAAACUGGAGGCCGAUAUCUUUGGUAAAUGUGGAUGCGAAAAUUAUGGCUAAAGUUAUAGCUGCUAGAAUACAAAAUGUUCUACCAAGCAUCAUCCAUUACAAUCAAACUGGAUUUAUAAAAGACCGCUAUAUCGGCGAAACAGUACGAUCGAUUUUUGACAUAAUGAACUUCACUGUUGAAGAAAACAUUCCUGGUUUGUUGAUCUUUAUCGAUUUUCAGAAGGCUUUCGAUAGUUUAGAACGCAGCUUUUUACAAAGUUGUCUAGAAUCUUUUAAUUUUGGCCAGAGCUUUAUUAGAUGGGUUUCUUCUUUUUACAAAAUAUACAAAGCUGUGUUAUCAACAAUGGCAUAAUCUCUGAUUACUUUACAGUCGAACGAGGAGUUAGGCAAGGUGAUCCUCUUUCUCCUUAUCUCUUUGUAGUAGCUGUUGAAACCUUGGCUAUCGCAAUAAGACAAAAUCCAAUGAUAAAAGGUAUUACUAUUGACAAGAAGGAAACAAAAUUACUUCAAUACGCAGAUGACACAACUGUGGUUCUGUCAGACAUCGACUCAGCCCAAACCCUUUUCAGGUUGUUAGACGAUUUUAAGAGGAUUUCAGGUUUAGCCGUUAAUCCCUCAAAAACUGAAGCAAUGUGGAUCGGAUCAUUAAAGGAAAAUAAAUCAAAACCUUUUGGUAUUAAAUGGCCAAAUGAACCAAUUAAAGCUCUCGGAGUCUAUUACACCUAUGAUCAAAAAUUACUACACGAGAAAAAUUUUAUAGAAAGACUAGACAGCGUGAAAAAAUUGGUACACAUAUGGUCUGCGCGAGGUCUUUCCCUUUAUGGAAAGGUUACUGUUAUCAAAUCGUUGAUUGUUCCAAAAUUUGUUUACGUGGCAUCAUUAUUAACAAUUCCAAAGUGGGCGGUUCAAGAAUUGAACAGAUUGAUAUUUAAAUUCCUAUGGAGAGGUGUUGACAAGGUCACACGUUUGUCAACAAUAAAUGACUACCAAAAAAGUGGCUUGAAAAUGAUUGACCUAGAAACGAUGGUCAAAUCUUUAAGACUUGCCUGGCUAAAGAGAAUCUUUAGCGAAAACGACAGCACAUGGAAGAAUUACUUGCGUUAUCAACUUAAAAGUUUCGGGGGCCUCUUUCUAUUUCAUUGUAACUACGAUGUAAAAGACGUUCUAAUCAAAUCACCUUUUUACUCCGAGCUGCUUCAAUGGUGGGCUGAUUUUCGUGACGACUUUUCUACAGAUAAAAUGCGGUAUAAUAUUAUUUGGAAUAAUAAAGACAUUAGGAUAAAUAAUAAGCCAAUUUUUUACAAAACAUUUUUCGACAUUGGUUUUCUUCUGGUUUCCGAUCUUCGAUUUGAUUUAAGUAUUGCAGAGUCACAUAGUAUCAUUAUAAGAAAGAUUGAAAAAACCAAUUUCUUAGUAUGGGCAGGUCUCAGAUAUGCUGUACCGUCCCACUUAAAAGCUAAUCCUAGAACAUCUGAUCACACCUUUUUAACAAUGUCACCCUCCGUGAUAAUUAAGAAUAACGACUUUGAUAUUUUAAAGAAGAAAUCUAAAGAUUAUUAUUCAUUGCUCAUAAGUAAAAAGGCACAGCUUUCUAAAAAUACCUCAGCUUUAAAACGGGAUUUUAAUCUGACGGAAGAUCAGCUAGAAAAAGCAUUUCUUUUACCGCACAUCAUAUGCUCUGAAUUCUAUGUUAAGGCCUUUCAGUACAAGGUCCUUAACUCCAUAUUAUAUACUAACACUAAGUUAUAUAAAAUAGGAUAUAUUACCGAUGAUAAAUGCUCCUUUUGUAUGUAUAAACCGGAAACCCUUAUCCACCUUCUUUUUUUGACUGUGUAUAUGCAAAACUUUUCUGGAAGGAUUUUGAAUUAUAUUAUUACUCGUUGUCAAAUGAAUUGAUCAACCUUAGUCUACAGGAUGUGCUAUUAGGUAUAAUAGCCGUACAAUGCCCUUUACUGAACUACUUUCUACUAAUAGCCAAACUAUAUAUAUGGGAUUGCAGAAGAUCACAAACUCGUCCAAUUAUUGCAGGGUUUAAGUUAAGGAUUAAUAUUAAAUUCGAAACAGAAAAAUAUAUUUGUACCAAAAAUAGAACUUUAAGUGACUUUUAUAAAAAAUGGGCGAUAUUGUGCACCGCGUAACGCUUUAUUAUUAUUAGUAUUAUUAUUAUUACAGUCUAGGCCGUUCAGUUCUCUUUACUUAUCCUUCUAAAUAAAAAAGAAAAACACUUAUACUUAAUCUAUAUAUAAUCCUCUUAUACUUUUCUGUUGCCACUGUGUUUAUAGUGUUAGUAUUGUAAAUUAUGUUAGUAAUCACUUUAGUUUAAGUUAUUAGUCGUCAAUAAUUGUAAUUGUAACUUUUUUUCUUCUUUCUAUGUAAAAAAAGUAAUGAGUACGGUUUUGUAAGUAGUGUAAGCACUGUAAGUUGUGUUAAGUAACAUUUUGUAAGUAGUGCUUGUGUUGUAAAUAAAUAAAAAAAAAAAUUAAAAAAAAAAAAAAAAAAAAAAAAGAGUAAAUGUCACGUUAGAUGCCAAAAUCUCAUUGGUUCCUGCGCAUCAACUCAUAGUACCUUCAACCUUAUUGGCCCCUGCAACAGACAUCCGAACAUAGAAAGCCACAAAGAUACAUACGUUCAAACCACUGAUAUAUGAGCUAUUUUUUCAAAAUAGCUCAAUAAGGGGGUUAUUAUUAUUAUUAUUAUUAUUAUUAUUAUUAUUAUUACUGUUAUUGUUAUCGUUCUUCUUCUUAUUAUUAUUGUAGUGGCGAAAUCUUUAAAAAGAUGUGGAUUAGUAGAAAAAGAUACCAGCGAACUGAUCCUCACGUCGAAGAGAGAAAGAGCAUCCAAAAUAAAAUUUAUAGCGGAGCUUCAUGGGUAACAAAAUUUGGUGAUAAAAUAUCCAUCCGAGAAAAUUUGGUUAUGACGUAGCGCCCGCCCGCCCGCCCGUACAAACACUUCAUGUAAGCCGAUGUCAAAUGUCACAAUAGAUCUUGCACGACUUGGCUAGCCUUUCAGUUAUGUAAGCCAUCCGAAUGAGUACGAUUAGAUUGGCAGCUGUCAAAAUUAGACAUCCGCUGACAAUUAUCACAUGACCAUCUUGCGGGCUCAGAUGAAAGACCAGUCGUUUUGCCCCUACAUAUAAGCUGAUAUAAUGUGUCACACUUACCAAUUCAACAUAAAAACGAAACUACGCCGGGCAGGGCUGUCAGUCGGCUGACAGUCGUUUAAAGUUAUAUUGGCGAGCCAAAUUAAGGUCAAUUGGCAGCUGUCAAAAUGGGACACCAUGUGCAGACCACUAUCAGAAAACUAAUAACGUGGGCUCAGGUACACGAUCUGGCAUUUUCCACUACAAGCCGGACGGAUAUGUCUUACUCACACUCGUAGUCUGUUAAUUCGAAUAUUCGCCAUUCUAAUGAAGGUUACUUGACAGCUGUCAAACUAGAGUAUACGCUGACCAUCAUCACCUGACUUAUCGCGGGCUCACUUUUCUAUCCAUUGAGGUCACGUAGUUUUUAAAGUUUUCCGCUGAUAUUUUAUUUGAUCACGGGCUCAAUUCGAAGCCCCAUAGCUUAGAAAACCUAUCCAUCCUAGAAAGUUCGGCAAUCACGUGACCGUUCACCGACCACCCGACCUUCCGUCCGUCCGCACCACAGGCAUACCUAUCUUUCUAGCUAGUUUGGGAGCCUGCAACCUGAUAUUGUACAUCCAUGUUUUGAAACAUUGACAGCUGUCAAAAUAAUGUUUCUGCUGACCGGUAUCGCAUGACCGUAUCGCGGGCUCAGGUAUCGACCCACUGAGUUCGAGUGUUUUUUUGAAGUUAUCCGCUGACAAGCUGCUACUUUUCAAAUGAUCGCAGGCUCAAGUUCAAUCUUUUUAAAAUGCAUAUGAAAUAAGUCGUGUUCAUGAGCCGCACUUUUAAAAUUUUGAUUCGAACUGACCUCGGACGCGAAAAUUCAACCGGCUUUUACAUGCAGGGAAGGCAAUCGCUUUUGACUUUUGUCACUGUCACGCGUUGACCCCACCUCCAAAGCCAGGGAAAAGCGCCCUGGGGACGAGGUUGGCUCUAAGUCCAAUUUUUAUGUUCUGAUUGGUCAAAAUUUGACAGGUGAGUUCAUGCGGAAAAUUUCAUCAGCGUCUGGAAACCUGCUUACUGAUAGCUGCAGCUGACAGAGUUUUUGUCAUCUUGUGAUGUUUUAAACUGUCUAGUCCCUAGGCCUCAUUAUUAUGCGCGGCCGAUGCGUUUCGGGUCACGUGGUCCGAGAAAGUUUUUGAGGCCUAGACAAACUCGGAGAAGUGAGACAUUUUGUCUCACUUGGGGCGGAGCUUUUGGAAGCGGGCGAGCUGUCAAUAACUUUUCCGCGCUUAUGAAAGAUUCUACGCACGUUUCCAUUGUUGAAAGGCGUUUGGCCUUUCUUUUUCAUGUAUCUCAUUAAACUAAUUUGAACUUUAUUUCAUCUCAAAAACUAUUCGUAGGCUAAGCAAAACAGCGUCGCAAAAAAUUAUUCACGAGGAGCCGCAAGCAGUCAAAUUUCUGUCCCGUAAUUUAAUCAGUUAAAUCAUCAAAGUUGACAGGUCUUUCUGAUCAAAGCGACCGUUCGGUUUACCAUUUACACCUUCAGUGCGAAGACUGUCACGGGAACAUUAACACCUUCAGGAUAAUUGCUUACCAUAACAGUGGUAGGUCGCGCGCGUCUGGUCGGUUUCGAAGAACGUGAUCGUGACUGUUGUUUUCAUUCAGUGACUAGGCGCGUUGAUAUGCCAACGUUUAAAACAGACAUUAAAUUUUUGUUAUAAAAGCAAAGAAGCUGCUGAGAAGAAACUAAACCGUCCCAGACUUAUUCCGUUUCAUUCGUGUACUUUCAUUUUGAUGGGGUCUGUAUGAUGAAUUUCCUUCUGCCUUCUAAUCAGGCACGUAAACAACAUAGAGAUAAAACAUUUCAUUUUGCUUUUGUGGAGUAAAUUCAUCUUAAAAAAGUUAAACUAGUGGACCACUUUCUCCGCGUACUUGUAAAAAUAGGCAUUUAAUAUGUCGCGCUACAGUGCGAAAAUCUUCUUGUCGUGGAUUAGAUUUCAGUAUACAUAUUGUUAAUCUUCAUUUCGCCCAAGAAUAAAUUAGUUUCCGCGCAAAGGGCUUCUAAAAAAAAAUCACAAGGUUUGUCCCACUUCUAGUCCACCUUCUGGAGAUACGCCGGCAUGGUAGCUGGAAUACAUUGCCGAGGCGAAGAUCUGGCAAUUUUUCCUCCUCGUCUUUUUUUCCCCGCGACGUUUGUUUAUACAGUCGAACCCCGCUAUUUCGAAGUCCCAAGGGAAAUGGAAAAAAGUUCGAAAUAGCGGGGUUUCGAAAUAACCGGGGAAGCGUAAAGGGGAAGGGUAAAUCCAAGGGAAUUUGAUCUUCCUUCGAAAUAGCGGGGACUUCGAAUUAACCGAGUUCGAAAUAGCGGGGUUCGACUGUAUUUGUAGUGAGAAUGCCGUGCAUAUCGGUGGAUUUUACUUCAGUCAAGCGGCUUCAGUUCCUGCGGCUUGCUACUCAUCAUAAAGAAGAGUGCCGGAAUCGCUUUGUUCGCCUCUAACAGAUUUGUUGUCGAAUGCAAGGUAAAAGAACGGACUACUGUAAGGUAAGAAUUGAAGUUUAAAUUUGUUUCUCGGCGAAAAAUAGUGCAUACAACUCGUGAAACCCGUGAGUAUUACCUCUGGUUAAUAUACCGGAUGUCAUGCGAUGACCCCUCGCUUUUACGAUGGAUAAGACGGAUACAAACAAUAAUUUCUUUCGCAACGUUUAGUAUAAUUUACUUAAUAUGGAGAUCAUCUGAGGACAAUUUUUCGUCAUAUUUACUUCAUUUCUUGGCUUAUUCCGGCUACGUGCGAAAAAUUAGAUGACAAUGUUUGUGUGCUAUAAUUAUACUGAUAAUUUCUUGCACCUUGAAACUCAUGAAAGCCAAACUUGUUUAACCCUAGCAAAAAACUCUUUUAAUGGAGGAACUCAACCUGAUAGAACAUUGCACUAAAAUCUAAUAAUUGUUACUGCAUUUGCAUGCUCUCUGUAACCUCGUGGGUAGAACAUACCUGAAGGUUACGUUAAUAAUAAUCAGGUUAAAAAAGGUUAAAAAAAGGUUAAAGGCUUGUUUAUAGUGGAAAUUGCACUUAGCUUGUCCAGCUAAUUUACAGGCACUCCACUCAAAUAUUUAGAAACAAAUAAUUCAAAUACAACAUAACAGGAUUAAAAACCCCAACUGGCAGAAGGCAACCAGUUGGCUAUUUACAAGCUGGCCGAGAAUUUGAACUCGGGACGACCGAGCACAAAUCCAGCAAGUGGCCAGAGCGGGACUCGAACCCGGGACCGCCGGUUGCGGGUAGGUUCUUCAUAUAUGAUUAUUAUUAUGUACCUAAACAUAUUAUUAACAACACCAUAUACCCCUAUAAAACACCAUAUACUCCUAUACAUCACCAUACACCCCCAUACAUCACCAUACACCCCUACACAUCACCAUAUACCCCUAUACAUCAACAUACACCCCUAUACAUCACCAUACACCCCCAUAUAUCACCAUACAUCCCUAUACAUCACCAUACACCCCCAUACAUAACCAUACACCCCCAUACAUCACCAUACACCCCCACACAUCACCAUACACCCCCAUACAUAACCAUACACCCCUAUACAUAACCAUACACCCCCAUACAUAACCAUACACCCCCACACAUCACCAUACAUGCCUAUACAUCACCAUACAUCACUAUACAUCACCUUACAUCCCUAUAAAUCAACAUACAUCCCUAUACGUCACCAUACACCCCCAUACAUAGCCAUACACCCCUAUACAUUCCCAUACACCACUAUACCAUGCUGUGCCAGUAAAAAAUAAUCUUGUCUACAUUCUGUACAGUACACAACUGUAUAGUCAACGCAAGCCUUGCUUUAAAUUGAAACGAAAGUAUACAACAUAGUCCCUCGCCAUUUUGAGGAACACUUAUACACCAUAAACAUUUUAACAAGAUGUUUUUAUACUUUACAAAAAAGCAAGGCAAGACUCCUAUUUUUCAAAUUUAAACCUUUAUAAAAACACAACCUAGCUUUGAGAAAAACACGGAUCGAACCUACAGCAACCUGAUUGGUUUUUUGCAAGGAACCAAUCAAACCGCACCAUUUUCGAUCCUCCAAACAAACCAAAUAAAUCAAGCAAUACGGAAUGGUUCAGAGUUCACCUCAACCAUCCCACCACAUAGCAACUGAUGAGAAUCGUAAGAUUCGAAACCGCCGGUCUUGCUUGUAAACUUAUAUUUAACUACCCACAUUAUGUAGUGGCACAAAGAAGCCAGUCAAUUGAUUGGUAAAAAAGCAACAUGCUAAUGGUAUUGAAAAAUAUUGAGCUUUAAAAUACUCUCCUCUGAUAUUAAAACUACAAGUGACAUUUACAAAGCGAUUGAGUUUUAAAACGACAUUCAAAGGACGCAGCAUCAUAAUGUACUUAAAUCAUGCUUAGACGUGAUAAAUACCGAAAACCAGUGUCAGAUCUGGAUAUAUUUUUAAAAAGGCUACGUGCUGUGUACAGCUAAACAUUGUUCUCUGAGAUCGCGUAAACUUAAACUUUACGGAGAUAUGAAAAGCAGUUACUCUAAGAUAACGGCAGCUAUGGAAAACUUAUUAUAUUUUUGAGUAGAUAUAUCUGAUAAACGGGCUACAAAUUCAACAGGAAUACGCGCGAACUGAAUAAAUUUUCUGUUGAACAUUUUAAAGGUUCUGCUCAACUUACACAAUUUCCCUUGCUGAACAUAAACUGUACCGAGCCGUAUCUUGGUCCGCUAUAUGAAGCGAUAUCAUCGUUCAAAUUUUAAACUGUAAGAUCCCUGAAAGAAGUCUCCUCAAUGGAGCAAUAUAUAAAAGGUUUCAAAGGUUUCACGCCGGUGAAGAUGUGCGGUCUGUCACCUCUUGCAAGUUUUUACAAUAAGAAUAUGCUUGGAUUAGCAAAACACUACGACUUUACACUUACAUCACAGAAGUAUUCUUUGCAGAAUUAUUAAUUUGCCGUUGCGCGACUGCGACGUGAUGUUAGAUUGAGCUUUUUAAGCCACUAUCAGUUUGGAACUUAAGCAAUUAAAGGACUUUUUGCAGACAGCUCUACCGCCACGAGGGCAGCCAUGCUAUGCAGGCACACCACUAGUGGCGAGCUUUGAAAAGAAUUAAUGCUAUAUAUGCUUUACUGAAUGCAAGGCAUCUAGAAAUAAAAUGGGACAAUGACACACAUAAAAAAACUAUAUAUGGUUGUAUGGUGAUGUAUAGGGAUGUAUGGCUAUGUAUAGGGGUGUAUGGUAAUGUAUAUAGAAGAUAUUACACGGUGGCCCAAAGAUAUGAAUUUUAGAUAAAUAUUGCUUUUGCCACGAGAAAAUAAGAUUCAUAUCUUCAAACCACCGUGUAAUGUUCUUUUUAUUAUAUAGACAAAAAGAGAUCGAUAACAUAAUAGAUUUUUAUUCGCCAAAAAGAAAGACGCCUACAAAUUUCGAGGGGAAAUUACCGAAAUUAGGUCAUCGAUAAACUCACGUGUGAGAUUAUGGAAAAUAAACCACUCGGGUCCCGGAUGUAGUUUUUAUGAAUUUUACGAGUGGUAUGUUUUCCAGUAAAACACUCGUGUCUAUAUAAUAAAUAGGUGUAUGGUGAUGUAUAGGGGUGUAUGGUGAUGUAUCGAGGUGUAUGGUAAUGUAUAGGGGCGUAUGGUGAUCUAUAGAGGUAUAUGGUGAUGUAUAUGGGUGUAUGGUGAUGUAUAGGGGUGUAUGGGAAUGUAUAGGGGUGUAUGGUGAUGUAUAGAGGUGUAUGGUGAUGUAUACGGGCGUAUAGGAAUGUAUAGGGGUGUAUGGUGAUGUAUAGGGGCGUAUGGUGAUCUAUAGAGGUAUAUGGUGAUGUAUAGGGGUGUAUGGUGAUGUAUAGGGGUGUAUGGGAAUGUAUAGGGGUGUAUGGUGAUGUAUAGAGGUGUAUGGUGAUGUAUACGGGCGUAUAGGAAUGGAUAGGGGUGUAUGGUGAUGUAUAGGGGCGUAUGGUGAUGUAUAGAGGUAUAUAGUGAUGUAUAGGGGUGUAUGGUGAUGUAUAGGGGUGUAUGGGAAUGUAUAGGGGUGUAUGGUGAUAUAUAGAGGUGUAUGGUGAUGUAUACGGGCGUAUAGGAAUGUAUAGGGGUGUAUGGUAAUGUAUAGUGGUGUAUGGUGAUGUAUAGGGGUGUAUGGGAAUGUAUAGGGGUGUAUGGUGAUGUAUACGGGCGUAUGGGAAUGUAUAGGGGUGUAUGGUGAUGUAUAGAGGUGUAUGGUGAUGUAUACGGGCGUAUAGGAAUGUAUAGGGGUGUAUGGUGAUGUAUAGGGGUGUAUGGGGAUGUAUAGGAAUAUAUAGUGUUGUAUAGGGGUAUAUAGUGAUGAAUAGGGCUGUAUGGUUGUGUAUGGGGAUGUACGGUGAGGUAUAGGGAUGUAUGGUGUUGUAUAGGGGUGUAUGGUGAUGUAUAGUGGUGUAUGGUGAUGUAUAGGGGUGUAUGGUAAUGUAUAGGGGUGUAUGGUCAUGUAUAGAGGUGUAUGGUGAUUUAUAUGGAUGUAUGGUGAUAUGUAGGGGUGUAUGGUGAUGUAUUGGGGUGUAUGGUGAUGUAUAGGGGUGUAUGGUGAUGUAUAGGGGUGUAUGGUGAUGUAUAGGAGUAUAUGGUGUUGUAUAGGGGUAUAUGGCGAUGUAUAGGGAUGUAUAGUGAUGUAUGGGGUGUAUGGUGAUGUAUAGGGUUGUAUGGUUAUGUAUGGGGGUGUAUGGUGAUGUAUAGGAGUGUAUGGUUAUGUAUGGGGGUGUAUGGUGAUGUAUAGGGAUAUAUGGUGAUGUAUAGGGAUGUAUGAUGAUGUGUAGGGGUGUAUGGUGAUGUAUAGGAGUAUAGGGUGUUGUAUAGGAGUAUAUGGUGUUUUAUAGGAGUAUAUGGUGUUGUAUAGGGGUGUAUGGGAAUGUAUAGGGGUGUAUGGGGAUGUAUAGGGGUAUAUAGUGUUGUAUAGAGGUAUAUGGCGAUGUAUAGGGGUGCAUGGUGAUGUAUAGCGGUGUAUGGUGAUGUAUAGGGGUGUAUGGGAAUGUGUAGAGGUUUAUGGUUAUGUAUGGGGGUGUAUGGUGAUGUAUAGCGGUGUAAGGGGGUGUAUGGUGAUGUAUAGGGAUAUUACUAAUAAUAUAUAAUAAGAUAUGAUAAGUAUGUUUAGGUACAUAAUAAUAAUCAUAUAUGAAGUACCUACCGUUGCGAGUCCGACGCGCUGACCACUCGGCCACGCUGCAUUUUCUCUUUGUAACCUCGUGGGUAGAACAUACCUGAUAGUUGUAACCUCGUGGGUAGAACAUACCUGAAGGUUACGAUAAUAAUAGUCAUUGCACUUUCUCUUUGUAACCUCGUGGGUAGAACAUACCUGAUGGUUCAUUAAUAAUAUCACUGCAUUUGCUCUCCGUAACCUCGUGGGUAGAAUAUACCUGACGGUUACAUUUAAUAAUAAUCACUGCAUUUGCUCUCUGUAACCUCGUGGGUAGAACAUACCUGAAGGUUACGUUAAUAAUAAUCAUUGCAUUUUCUCUUUGUAACCUCGUGGGUAGAAUAUACCUGACGGUUACAUUUAAUAAUAAUCACUGCAUUUGCUCUCUGUAACCUCGUGGGUUGAACAUACCUGAAGGUUACGUUGAUAAUAAUCAUUGCAUUUUCUCUUUGUAACCUCGUGGGUAGAAUAUGCCUGACGGUUACAUUUAAUAAUAAUCACCGCAUUUGCUCUCUGUAACCUCGUGGGUAGAACAUACCUGAUGGUUACAUUAAUAAUAAUCACUGCAUUUGCUGUCCGUAAACUCGUGGGUAGAGUAUACCUGAUGGUUACAUUAAUAAUAAUCAUUGCAUUUUCUCUUUGUAAACUCGUGGGAAAAAAAAAUAAUGCCUCUCUCCUAGAAAAUUUGCCCUGUCCUUUGAGCAUAGUGAUCUUUGGGUAGCGAAUUCACGAAAACAGGUAAAACGCUUUUUUUAACAACAGCAUUUAUAUUAUUUGGCUUUUUGAAGGAGGUUGAACAUUAAAGCAUGAAAAGCAGUUCUGAUUCCCUUCUCUUAACUAGAAAAGAUGCAUAUCCCUGUGAACCAGUUCUUUAACCAGGUGCGAUUCCCACUCACUUCUGAUACUUUAUUGACACGAGUUCCUUUUUCAAUAUAUGUCUAAUUCAAGCUUAGCAGCGUGAUAGCUCUUCAUUAGCGAAAAGGUCCAAGUGAUAUUUAGCCUGCGAAAACAUCCGUUUCUCCUCGCUCUUCGUCGCUGAGGACGUUUCGCGCGGAGGAACGUCUGCGACUCAGUGACAGAAAUUCCAUACUGAUGACGCAAAUCAAUGUUUACAUAAUAAAUCCGGUAGUCAUGGGGUUCCAAAUAUAAAUUUGUCUAAUUUUGCGUGUCUUCUGGUCGAUUUUGGUAGUGUUGCGUUGAUCUCCCCACGAGCUCCAGCAAAACUCAAAUGCUUCUUCUAGAGAAGACUAUAUUGCACAAAUAUUGACUGUUUUGUUAGAGAUUCUUCGUGUUUACAUUUGACCUUUUUGGCCUUUUGUCUUUUGUCUGUCAUUUGUAAACAAUAGCUAAAACAAUGUAACUGCUCCGUCGACGAAUCAGCGCUUCUGACCGGAUUCUGGACAGAUUUUACGUCAUCAGUAUGGAAUUUCUGUCGCUGAGUCGCAGACGUUCCUCCGCGCGAAACGUCCUCAGCGACGAAGAGCGAGGAGAAACGGAUGUUUUCGCAGGCUAAGUGAUAUUUUGAUUAACGUGUUGUUUUGGAUCCUGAGGUUUUUUUAACACCUUUUCUCUAGCUUCACCGGCGAAGACGUUCUAGGAUGCCGGAUGCCGUGGAGGUAAGCUAAAGAAAUAAGUUUAUAUUUAUUCUUGGAUAUGACAAGCUAUCUUUCGUUUCUCUAUUUUCGCUUGCUCCCAUAAAUUUCUCGUUAUUAUUUCACUUCGAAAUACUUUAUGUAAUUUAAUUUUUGGAUUUGGAAGCUUAUCAAACUAAUCGGACAGGCUGAACAUUCCGGAACAUGCCGGAACAUUCCGGAACAUCUCGGAACAUCCCGGAACAUGAAAAAAUAAAAAUAAUUUUUUUGAAAAAAAAAAAUAUGAUAAAAUAAUUUUUGUAAAAAUUAAUAAUAACGUAAAAUAACAAAAGAAAAACGAAAAAUAAUGAAAUAAUCAAGAAAAAGAAACUGGUAUCCUCUCUGAGUAUGAGAAAACCACAUUUUGUCGCAACAAAUUAAAAUUUUGUUGGGCGAGUGAGGGUUCAUGCAAAUGACAGUAACGAGUGAAGGCUUGCUUCUAAAUUCAAAAUAUAUUAAAAUGAGUCGCGAGGAGGGGGUUUUUUAAGCUUUCCUCACACAACUACCUCUUGUAAUUGUUUGCCGUGAGUUAAUCAUUUGGCGGUUUUCCAUGUACGGUUCUGCAAUGGUCUAAAAUGUCGGUGCAGUAUUUCAUGUCAAGCCAAGUCGGUAAGUAGCUCAUUUCAAGCCAACAUAUAGUUUCCUUUUAUAUAUCCUACAUUUGCUUACUUGACGUGCUUUGCUCUACUUGAACAUGAAUUAGUUACAGACUAGGCGGCUCUGUGAACUUGAGAAGAGUAUAGGGGCUCCUGUCUUUGGAUUUUAGUGGACAAUACUCACCUUCGUGGUAGUUUCUAUACUGUUUACAGUCAGCAUGAUAUUUCAGAAGUCUCCUCGAGUCGCAAAAGGAGUUUGCGGGGAGACGGCUAAAAUUCAGACUAACUGAUAACAGUUAGAAACUACCGCUGCUCUACCACUGCCACUGCAACUAUUCACAGCGAAUGUGAUUCUUUAAUUUAAUUAUGCAAGUCCAAAGCGACGAGCCCCUAACUUACGGCGGUCGCAAAGCCGUAAAUGGAUAACCGUUAAACCGCAUGGCAAACGUUUACAAGAGGUGGCUGUGUGACGAAAGCUUGAGAACCCUCUCCUCGCGACCCAUUUUAAUAUAUUUUGAAUUUAGAAGCAAGCCUUCACUCAUUACUGUCAUUUGAACGGACCCUCACUCGCCCACUGCAAAAAAUUCAUUGCGACAAAAUAUUGUUUUCUCAUACUCGGAGAUGAUACCAGUUUCUUUUUCUUUCUUUCUUAAUUUGUUUCUUUAUUUUUCGUUUUUAUGUUAUGUUAUUUAUUUUGUUAUUAUAAAUUUUUUCAAAAAUUGUUUUCUGUCUAUUGUUCCUUUUAUUAUUUAUUAUUAUUAUUAUUAUUGUUGUUAUUUAUUAUUAUUAUUAUCAUUAUUAUUAUUAUUAUUUAAUUAAUUGAUUAUUUUUUCAUAAAAAAAUAUUUUAAUUUUUUCAUGUUCCGGGAUGUUCCGGGAUGUUCCGGAAUGUUCCGGGAUGUUCCAUGUUCCGGGUUUAAUCGACGCCCGUUGAAUUUGGUCUCUAAAUUUGGUAGAAUGUCAACAAACUGCUGUUUCAUAUCUUUUUUAUCAAUAAAGACUAUAAUUUUAAUGGUUCAUUUGAAGAUGGACUAAAAGAGAAAUUACUUGCACGUUAUACAGUAGUAUUCUUUCCGAUUCAAAGUAAUAUUUUUGUUCUUUCGGAAAUCCCAACACGAUAUUUGAUUCGAAAGAUAUUUUCUCCACAGUUAGAGCCCCGUUGUUCCUACGAUCGUGCUCCAUUACUACUCUGGUGGGAAAAGGAGGUAAAAGUUCCGCUUUUGUUUAUUAAUUAUUGUUCUUCAAAGCAACACAUUUAUGACACGAACUAGGUUAGUUACUUUUGUAAUAGUGUCAAUAGUGCCGAUCUUUAGCGAAGGAUAUUCACGCGCAAAGUUAUUUAUAGAUUAUUUCAGUUGACCGUGUGAACUUUUCAAAAAUGCUCACGCAUGUGCACUCCGAGAUUGUCUAGGCGUCUCCCGGCCGUUCGUCUCGGAUACGCCACCGAAAUGCAUUGACCGAGAGGGCCUGAAAAGACGCCGUACAGGGACUAGGCAAAA